CCCGAGAGACUGGUCGGACACGGGAAAACUCAUUGUUCCGAUUCGCACGGAUCGACUUGCCGAUACUCAAUCGUCGCGUGUCCCCAGCAGCCGCAAUCGCGCGCGCGUGUCAGUCGCGGACAACGAUUCGUUUUCACAUAUUUCGUUUUUCGUCCCGGGCGUGUGCUGUUCGUACGGCGACACGGUAGGCACGCCGUUAAUAUCGUAUCCGUAAACAAUACGGUUUUUUUUUACCCGCCCCGCGUUUCAAACGGUUCAAAAAUAAAAUGGGCAGCGUCGAAGAAAUCUACGAGACCGAAGUGCACCGCAAAAUCACGCGGCGUACGAGCUUCAAAAUACAAGAGGUACAUAUACUUAACCUGUGCACGGUAAUAUUUCGUAACGUUCGGUUUUAUAGUAGAUGGCGAAUUUCCGAAUUUCUUCUCGGCCGCGUAAAAAUAAUUUCAUACGUGCCCGCGGAACUCGACGAGACACGAAUCGUUUUUAUUUUUAGUCGAACCGCGUGAACGCGAUGGAAAAAAAAACAACGUCGCCCGUAUCCGACUGCAGAUACGUUUUUUUUUUUUUUUUCGAUCGUUUUGUUUCUUUUUUUCGCGUCUCAAAACAAUAAUGUUAUAAUAUAUAUUAUUGUUGUUUCUUUGUUUUUUUUCUCUGUUCAUUUGUUCGAGACUAUACGGAUACAUUAACGUUGUUAUUAUUGCGCACUGUGCAAUGUCGGUGUUGUACACAAUAAAUCGGGGGAGGGACGGCGAGAGAGAAACCGUGCCGUACUGUGUAGGAAGUGAGAAAAUUGAAUGGAAAAUAUUUUAAACGUUUUCGAGGUCGCACGGAACGAACAGAAUAAACGCAAGGCGACACUUCAUCUUGUCGCGGGCCCCCGCGGUCGUCUCAUCCCCGGCGUAACGGAAUCCGUUGUGGAGGACAAUGUUUUUAUUAUACACUGCAAUGUCCGUAAUAUUAUUGUAAUUUUUUAUAUUAAUGCGAAUCAAUAAAAAAACGUCUACACUUUUGGUGUGUAGAAUACAUACGCGCGCAAAGUAUAAUAUAUUAAUGAUGGGAAUCCGAAAACCCGGAUUUUCACAAGAAAACAACAAUUUAAACCACUUAAAAAUCAUAUAAGUGUUAAACAUCUUUACGGCAUGAAGCUGUGCGCCUAAGUGACAUAUUUUUUAUGAAAAUAUAAAAAUAAAACACAAUACCAACAAAUUACGCUGCUUUUGAAUGUCGGAUUUGUUGAAAUCCGAAAGUGUUUUAUAGUUAAAGUUGGGAGUUUUUUUUUUUUUUUUAGAAUUUCUCUCCAAACAUUUAACUCAGGUACACAGCUUUGUAUUGUAAUAAUAUUUAAUGUUUAUACGGUUUUCAAGGGGGGCUUAAAAGCGGUUUUUUUUUUUUUUUUUUUGAAAAUCCGGAUUUUCGGAUUCCUAUCGCUAUGUACAUUAUAUACAGACGGUACGGUUGAAUAAGGUGCCGUAUCCGAGGGGCGGUUCGACCUUCCACGUUUCUCCCGAAAUAUCUCGAACAAAAACUAUUGUUUUCCGGACGAACGGUUAGAACUACUUGUUGGUGUUUGUAACGAAAAUAACGGGCGAUUUGAAAACCCCUCGCGAAAAAAAUUCGCUUUGGCUACGGCCUCGCUACGGCCGGUGUAUUUAUAGUUUUUAACGGCUCUCCGUAGAUCAUCGUGAUCAGGGGCGUAUUUUACAUUUUUUUUUUUUUCUGUUAGCUUUAUUAUUUAUACGAAUAUAGAGUUUUCAAAUUAGAAUUUAUUUACUUUUGAGUCGGAAAAAUCAAAAGAGUGUGUGUCCGCAGUAGGUAUCCGCAAGUCAAUAAAACAAAAACAAAUCUUUAACAAUGGAUGAAUAUCCGUAAUAAAAACGAAACCUAUCCGAACCACUUUAAUAUCAAGAAGGUUCUUGUUCUCCUUAUUCUCGGAAUAGUACAACUGAACUAAUAAUUCUAAUUACAAUAAUAUGUCAUUUUUAAGGCUGAUGGUUUUAGCUGCCCUUAGCACGCGUUGUACGAUCCACGUAACGGAAUAUUUCGAAAUUCAAUACCCAUGUCCCUCCUUGAAAAAUCCCAAACACGCCACUGAUCGUGAUAUUAUAUUUUAUACACUAUGUAAAUAAACGCCCAAUCGUUUGUUUUUUUCAACAGUCAAAGCUUUCGAUUUUUGUCAUCCGCGGUUGUUUUAACAACAUAACAAUAUUGUAACAAUGUCGUUGUUAUUAUGUGGGUAGUUUUCGUAAGAUUUUCAAUAAACAUUUUGCUGUCUUUUUGUGUCGCAAUGGCGUGAAGACUACGCAGCCUACCAAACGAAAAAAAAAUUGAUAAAACGCCUCGUAGGGCGUAAAUAUUUGUAGGGACGACGACAAUAAUUUUUAUUAGAACGGGUUUCUUCGAUGUGUUUUUUUUCUCUCCAAAUAUUAACUAUAAUUUUUUCCAAAACAAAAAAAAUGCCGACCGUCAACCAUCAAUUUUGAUUUAUAUCUGCGCGCAACGAUAAACCGUCGCUAAACGAAAAACGAUUCUGAUCAGAAUAUCGAUUCGUUCGUUCCAUUUCCCUUGGCGAAAAAUGUCCAGUUUUUCACACUUGUAUCGGGAUAAUUACAAGGGAAAUCCGAUCUCCGAUGAAAAUAAUAUGUCUGUCGAAAGUUCGCCAAUGGAAACGUCUCGUAAUUUUUUAUCGCAAAACGAGUUUAAUUCGGUGUCAUUUUACCUUUGCGUGGCAUAAUAUUGGCAAUAAUUAUUGUACACGACGAAAGAAUAAUCGAUUUUUAGCUACGGUGUAAAUUUUAGAGACUCUUUACCAUAUAAUUUCGGUACACAUAACCUACGCCGUCUUUUUAGAUUCUGAACGCAUCGAGGAAUGUGAUGGUUUAACAAUAAUAUUUAUUAUUGUUAUUAUUUUUUUUUUUUUUCUGUAAACGAAUUUUCUACCAGAAAUUUUGCUCCGAUUUUCAGGUGUAGCACUUUUUCUGCAAGAAAAUCCAACUGGGGUGGUGCCCAGGUCGAUUUUCCCAGGGGUUUUCGUGUAAUAAACGGGAAAAUGUGCGAAAUGCGUCCAUUAUCAAUAUUUACGGCCUUUCGAAACGCGUGCGUUAAACCGUACCUCUCUUGGCUCGGAAUCGCUUUUUGUUGACUUUAAUGACUAACCGUCGCGCGCGCGUUGAAUUUCUCCCGUGCCCUUUCCCAACUCGUCGACCACCAACAGUGGUCCGUCGUGCGAAGUAUAUACGUUUUGUUCCCCCCCCGAAAUUGCAUAUUCGUUCGGCGCGCGAAUCGGCGGCUGUGUACGGGUUGGUGUCCGCGUACCUGUUAACAAUAAUUAUUUAUUCAAUCCAGUUGCACCGCGAGCCGAACGCGCAACGCCGUAAUCGCCGAACGUAAUUUGCCGGUAAUUCAUUCGUCUGUUCCUGCACAUUGUAUCAUUGUACGGAGUGCGUCGGCCGCGUGUUGUCGCGGUGACGUCUCGUUGUACGGCGCACGCGCGCCGGCGUAUCUAAUCGUGUCGUGAUAAGGGCGUCCGUAACGAUUACGGUGUCGUAAUAACAGGCCGCUCGCCGAUGGAUUAGAAUUGAUGUUUUCGACCGAUGAGGACCUAAUUGAAUUUGUUUACGGCCGCUUGUUGUUGCGCGCGCGAAAAGCGAUCCGAAUUAAUUAUUGCGCGGGUUUUCUUCUUCCGCGACGGUCUGCGUCGUCGCCGGCUGUGCUUAUCGUGUGGGCGUGGGCAUCACGUAACGCGCAAUAAAUAAUUAGUAAUUAAACCGCGAUCGGUGUUCCGUGUUUCGGUCGUCCGGACCGAAACGCAAAGUUCGAUUCGACGGCGGCGCGGACCUUUUGAAGAGUGUAAUUUUUUUUUUUUUUUCCUGGAGGGGGUUAGGAGAACCUCCUAAAACGAAUUGCAACUAAGCACUAGAAAGAAAAAAAGAAAGAGGUGACGGGUGCAGCCGCUGUUGUAGGUGGGAAGAUAAGAAAGUAGGACACGUUAAGGUUAUUCAAUUUUUCUAUCUGUAAGCACCGAUAAACACCAUGUGUGAACUGAAUUUUUCUGGUAGACAAUUUGUUCACAGAGAGAAAAAAAAAAGAAUUAAAAUACGCCGUAUGUAGUACAAUCAAUACGUAGAUCGCUCCGCUCCGCUUUUCUUCCUCGGAAAUCUUGUAUUAUGUAUGUGUUAAUCAAUAAAUUAUUUGUGCAAGUAAAAUCUUGUAUAUAGUCUGUAGUCUGUGGGGGGGGGGGGGCGAGUCCCCCGGGCCCCCUUUCUGGAUCCGCUAUUGCUUUGAAACAAUUGAAAUCUAUAUUAGAGAGGUUAUCGCGGUUACAAUUCCCGUUCUCACCGUCUCAAAAUAUAACGGCACCCAUCAUCAUUUUAUUUAGUACAAUCUAAAUUGCGGACAAGUUACGAGGGAAUUCUCGACCUAUUGAAUAAUGUAGGUGUAUAAUCGGCUGUUUUGGACCCGGAUUUUAAAUUCGCAUACUUUAUCGUGAUUGAGUAUUGUUAACUUUGUCCAUUCCCGUUUGUUGAUUUGAUUUGUACAGACAAAGUACUGCCUAUACCUACCCACACACGAUUACACGAUGUUCACAACAAAACACGCCAAACUCGUAUUCUCAAUCACAGACACGCGUUGUAACAAAAUAUCGUAUGGCCGAUAUCUUUAGAAAAAAAAAAAUCCCCCCCACGCUACCGAGUAUAAAAAAAUAAUGACGUAUAUAGUUCUGACAAAACAGAAACGCCGGAAGUCGUUUUAAUGAAUGUUUUAUAUCAACUGGCGCGAGUCGUUUUGGCUACUUGGCUAUUGCACAUUAUUGACGUGCUAGUUUUAGAUUCGGAACGUAGCGGGCGAUCUAUUGGUUUUACUAUGAUGAGUUUUUUUUUUUUUUUUUAUUAGAUUCGGAGCGUAACGAUGUAUAGACUAUAGCACCUUUUCUGAAAGGUAAUUUUCUCUCGUUGUUGUGUUGGGGACGUCGUUUUUUUGAUUUUCAAAAUAAUUGGAGAAAUCCCGAAAGAAAUCUAUAGGUAAAACGGCAAAUAUUCACGGCGCGCCGCGCCGUUACCGUUUUCAUUGUGUUAUACUUGUGUUUUCUACCAGAAAUAUUUCUCCAACCGAAAGAUGACAAGAGAUGAUCGAUUUCGUUCAUUUUAACACAUAACCGCUUAUGAAGAAAAUCGUUUUUUUUUUUUGAUACCUAAUGUAUUUAUAAGUAAAUAAUUAGGAAAAACCAAAAAAGACGAAAUGUAUGAUUUUUUUUCAAAUUACAUUAUAACGAUUUUAUUAUUUUUAAUUUUAAAGGCUUAUAUAUUUUUCCGCCAUAAAUAUUACUCCAAUAGAAAAACAUCACGAAUUUUUUCUCGUCCAAUUUAUAAUAUAGUUGAUGAUCAAGAUGAUCGUUUUUUGAUUAUCUUUGUAGCUGUUUUAAUAAUUGAUCAAAACCGGAAAUAGGUAGAAGGAACGAGACAAUUUAAAAAAAUAAUUCUUUUAUUAUUUAAAAUUGUAUGUAAUUCAGUUUCAAACAUCUACAGGGACUUAAAAUGUUGACAGAAAUCUUAUGUUUACUUUUUCCAGACGUAACAAAACUUUCAGAACAUUUGAGCUAUUGUUGAACUAUUUAUAGACAUUUUCAUUUUGCGAGUUUUUUACGUAAUUUUUAUUUGAUAGUUACUCUAUAAAUAAAUUGUUAGACUUAACAGGAACGUUUAAAAAUUUGAUAGGAGGUUCAUUAUAAGUUGUACUUUGUGGUAAAAAAAAAUAUUAAGUUUUAUGUAGUUUUUUUUUUAUAAUAAUUUUAAUAUUAAAUUUUGAAGAAAAUCGUAAAUAUUACGGCCUUUCAAAACGUGUAUAAGCGAACUUCGCUCCGAAUCGUUUUUCGUUAUCAAUGGUUUAUCGUUGAUUACGGGUAUACAUUAAAUAACUUUAUGUAUCUCAUUUUUCCCACUACACACCUACAAUAUUGGCCGCACCCGUCCUCAAUAUCAGCUCUUUUUUUAUAUUUUAAAAUUAUCCUAAUUAAUAGUUGAAAAAAACCAUGAUCGAUUGCCCUGAAUAUUCGAUACAAUCAUAGAUGAUAGUGAUGAUACACCUUGUUUAUACAUAGGUUAGGUAGCUAAUCUAAAUCUAUAAAUUCAAUGUACAUUAUUAUGAUAGUACCAAUUAGGUUAUCAAUUAGGAAUUCGCGAUUUGAUUGCCCGAAACGAUAAAGACUGGGUGUGUUCGUUUUUCAUCAAUAAUGUGUUUUUUUUUUUCCACAUCAAAUAUAAAUACUUGUAAUAUAAUAGAUAAGUAUACAAUAUGUUUUAUACCUAAUCUGCCGACUAUAUCACGAUAAUUUCCGAAAGGAAAUCCGUUUAAUUUCACAUAUAUUAUCAACUGUCAUAAAACUGUGGAAGCUAUUAUACUUUCCGUACGAAAAUCGUGGUUCAAAAAAAAUAAACAAGUGGGUGCAUUGGCAUCACCCACUAUAAUAUUGAUGCCCUCCGCUAUGCUCUAGAUUUUUUUUAUUUAUUUUUCGAUCUAUCUAUAGACGGAACAUUAAAUGUAGACGGCUAUUUAGAUUAUAAUAAUAUAUUAUGCAGUUAUUUUUCGAAUUUUCUCGCCUAGCUUUCGAAAAAAAAAUAAAAUAAAAAAUACUGUAACUAUAUACCUACCGGAAAACUGCAGUGAACUUCUUUUAUAUGGGACACGCCGUACAAAUGUUUUUAAUUAAACCAAACUGUAUUAAUUAUUAUAUAUAUUAUUAUAGUUUGGAGAGAAUGUCUACUUCAAUUUAUUAUCAGAAUUUAGGAAUUAUAUGCCUACCUACCUAACUUAAAAUUCCUUGCAAUAGGCGUAUAAUAAUUUUUAAGACAGAACUGUAUAAAUAUAGAUAAAAUGUAUGAUACAUAGAGUUAUAUAAUUUGUAUCUACAGGUACGCGCCGAUAAAUCAUUGCUAACGAAAUACAAUUCUGAGCAAAGUUUCGGUUACAUAUGUUCGGGAAUUAUUUUUUGCUGCCACUAUUACGAUUUUCGUCAAAAUUUGUGCUUAAAAAUAAAAAAAAAAUACUUCAUUACGAUUAACUUGUUUUGACCACUAAGUUCAAUUGAUAAUGAAUCUCGUAUUAAACUAUCAAGGAUUUCGGUUCGGCCAAAACAAUUGUGUAUAAACACAUAAAACUCAAUAAUGUCGAAUGCUAAUGGAUAACUCAAAAAUCACCAGGGUGUUAGAAACUUUACCACGUCUAACGAUUUUACAAAACAAUUGAAAAUUAUGAAACCGUUAAGCCCGUAAACUUUCCAGUUUUUCAGUUUCCAGUUUACGUUCUUUCUCUGGGUUUUCCAAUUGUUAGGAAACCUACGGGGUAAAAAAUGACAUUGUACAACUAGACAACAUUUUCUUCCAGAAAACAUGUUACACUUGAAAAUCGGAGUAAGAUAUUUGGUAGAAAAGUCGUUUACAGGCAGAGAAAAACAGCGCAUAUAGGAAAACCAGGAACGUAUUAGUGGUUCACCAGCUUCAGAGCUUCUAAAAUUGAUUAACAGAUUCAAACGAAAUUCGCGGCGGCGGCGGUCCACAUUUUUGCUGUCGGUCAAUUUCUGCAGCCGAUUUUACGUCUACGUCUAUAUAUACGCACCUUCCUAGAGAGUUUUCGUUAUGAGUAAUUCGUUUUUUAACGUCUAGGUAUUUCGGAAAAUAUUUCUGUAGGUGGAGUUGCGCGUACGGUGGAAUAAACGCACGGCGGUAUGUACCUACGGUGGUAAAUUGUCGGUGUGACCUGAAUUUCAGGAAGAAAAAUAUAAAUAAUAUCACAGUAUAGUAACGUACCGUAUCAUUUCGCGGCACGACGAUUAUAACGAAAAAAAAAAAAGAACGAAAAAAAAACUCUAUUGUAUUAUACAGGGUGCGGAGAUUUGCCGCGAAUUCAAACGAUUCGACGACGAUUGUGCGGUACCUACCGCGUAAAACGAUAUCGGCUGUUACAUUGCCCGGCGCAGUACAAUCGCCGUAGUCGCCCCGGCAUUUAUUUUCGUAACUGGUCUUGUCGCGGUGCGAUUCGACGGCGUGCACGCGCACAGUUCGUUGUUGUAAGACCGCAGUAGGGCCCGGUUAGAGAAAAAAACAAACCCCGCCGAAUGAACCCGAGACCCCCGUCCGAUUAUAGCGGCCGCCGCCCUCAGCUGAUGACCCCCGGUCCGUGCGCCUCGCCGGCCGCAUUAUUACUGUUGUUGUUGUAACGAUGUUGUUAUUGUACGGCGGGUUAUCGCCGAUCGCCGCGGCUUAUCGACGGGCUCGGCUCCCGUCCCGUGAUACACUCCGUACCCGUUCACCGCGGGCCGCCUGCCCGCGUACCUGUACAAUUAUAUAUAUAUGUGUGUGUUUAAGUACGCGGUUGUAGCGGACGGAUAGUUUUAAUUGCGUUUGAAAACGUCUUAGCGACAGUGAGUAAAACGUUUGGCCGGGGCCCGUAUAGAAAAUAUAAGAAUAUCAACAGUUCUUGGCACCUGACAAAAAGCGCGCGCGUACGUGUGUGUUUGUGUGUGUGUGUGUGUAUAUAUAUAUAUAUACAUACAUACAUACAUACAUACGGAAAAAAAAAAACCCGUUCGCGUUUAGCCGAUCCAAAGGAAUGCGCGCGCGUGACACACGUCGUCGUCGUCGUCGUACCCAUACUUCGCGCCCGAUUUGUCACGCGUGCCUUUGGCCCGCGCCGAAAAAAACGUCGCAGUUGAUCGUAUCGCAACGUUUCCCGGCGCCGACGGCCGUUUUUCCGACACACGCGUUUCUCGAAUACAUUAAAAUAUUGUUACUAUUAAAAUUCCACCGUCCUACGUUUCCGCAGCGUUUCCCGACGUUUUUAUAGACGGCUCGGCGAAACUUUUCGACCGAUCCACCGCGACAAACGGCCUCGUCCGGAUUCGUGUAAUUUAAUUCCGGCCACGAUCGAACGCUGAUCUAUUUAAACCGUGUGAUGCGGACGGACGUCCGUUAUAGCGAGGCUAAGAUACCCAGUACAACAUGGUGGAAAAAAAAAUAUAAUAUCAUGACACCACGGUGGAUAAGCUUAUUGUUGACAGCGCGAGUUCUUCGAUACCUAUACCAAUUUAAUGCUAUUUUAUCUCCUGAAUUCUCAUUUCGUUUAGGGGGGGGGGCAGUCAGUUGUUUGAAAAACAGGUGUUGAAGAAGGAUUACAAAACAGUACGUGCCUAUACGGAUAAGUGCAUAGGGCCACUGAACAUUUUACAAUUAUCUCCGUGUAUAGGUGGACGUUGGUCGUUGGAUUUCUAUUCCUUCGAAAUAGUUACCUGCGCGUGUCUGUUUAUGGUCUUCGGCGUUUACUGCGAUUUACAUUUGCACCGCGGCGGCAUGAUAAUAUUAUAAAUAGAAGUGUUUAUUUGAUGUUAAACAACCCGUGGGAUUAAGUUUUUCUCGCGUGUUUGGCAAAUGCGUUUUUAUUGUACCCUGUACAGAGUGGUCUAUGCAGUCGUCGUUUCUCCUGUACAGUUUUGUUUUUCAUAACGUUUUUUUCAUACUAAUAUAUAAUAUUAUUAUCAUUGCAUUUAUAGCGCGGACGAUGAGAAAAUAGAUUUCUACUACUAAUAAUUAUAUGGUUUUAUAUUAACUGUUGUUAACUAUUACCAUUAUUAUAUCGUUGUAUUGCCACUAUUGAUGGUGAGAAAAGUUGGGAAGGUAGUUUGUAGAGCGGAAUUUAAUUUAUAUCUGUACGCAACGAUUAACCAUUUCUAACGAAAAACGACUCGGAGCAAAGUUUCUAUUAUUCACGUACGUAAAUUUUCCCCGGUUAUUCCCAAUUAUGAUGAAAACCGCUCGGAAAAUCAAAAAAAAAAUGGCCUUCCUAAAAUACCGCUCAGAUAAAAUUUUCUUUCAGACUGGAACAAGAAAUCUGGUAAAAAAAUUGUUCAUAGAUAAAAAAAAAAACAUCAAUGUAAAACCAAUAUAUUCCUCGUUACGCUCCGAAUCUAAACAAAAACCGAUACUCAUGCUAAUCCCGGUGUGCCACUGUUGCAGCAGUUGGAAAGAUAGAAUACAUAAAAAUAUUUAAUUUAUAUCCGUUAAAAACUAAACAAAACUAGAAAAUGUCAAACGCCGAUAAAUAGCUCAGAGAUCGUCAGAAUGUCUUUUUCAUUUUACCGCGUUAUAAAACGCUAAUAUAAAUAUUAUCUGCGAAUAUUUCAGAUCUCUACGAUUUUUUCAAACCAAAUUAUAACAAAAGAUCAAAACCGAAAAUAGCCAAUCGUUAUAAUCACGGUGAAAAAGAAAACACCGAUGAUUAAUCGCUGGACGUAUCACGCAGGCGCACAGAAUUAUUUUAAUAUAUCAUUAUAUUGACUAUUGACUUUUAAGGAACUAUUUACCAUAGAUACGCCGUCUAUGGUUGUAGAUUGUUGUAUGGUUGUCUAACGAUAAUAAUAUUGAUAUAUUGUAAUCGUAUAGAGUUGUAAUCGGAAUUUGAAAUAGUAUGUGAAAAAAACCGCCAUUCUGCAGCGCUAUCUACUUACCUAUAAUAAAAAUCUACUUUAACUGAUUACGCAACCGUGUCGUCGAUCGUAACUUAUAAAACCGAAAGAUGGCGCUCGAUUAUCCUUAUCUCUUUGUGUUCACAGUUUUUUGAAAAAAGAACAUUCGGGUUCCACUUUAUCACAGUACGUUUGGCAACCAUACUAUUUUUAACUCGAAUAAAGAAACUUUUAAAGUCGAGUUCGUUUAUUAAAAGUCAAUAUUGUUGAAAUAAAUUGCAUUUAAUUUAUGUAGGUACAAUGCGCAUGUGAAUUUCGUGUCCGGUAAUAAACCUUCUGUGUGUUUACGGUGAAAAUAAAUUAUUGACGUUUAGGUUGGGUUAUAGUAGUUAGUUUUUUUUUUUUUAUUUUAUCAACGUAUACGAAUAUGUGACGUUGCUCGAAUAUUUCGUGGUUAAAAUGGGUUAAAAUAAAUAUAGUCUUCUUUCGAAGGGGGACUAUAAUUAUCGAAAAUUGAGUUGAAAACUAAACCAAAUUUUCAGGAAACCCAUCAUGGAAACUGCAGUACUUACAAAAUGUUUUUUUCUCAUACACAUUUGUUAUAACAAAUGUUAUACUAAUAAAGUUUAAAAAUAAACGACAUAACCUCCCUCAAAUAUUAACCUAUGCCAUAUGCUUGCUCAGUAAAAAUAAAGUAAAACAGAGUCUGAUUACGUAUAAACUAAUAGAUAUUAAAGAAUUUAGUUUUAAUAAACGUAUAGGUGAUUCGAUUUGUUAAUAUUUCAAUAAAAAUGUCUCAGUAAUGACUAAAGCGUCCCUUUGGACUUCAAAGAUUUAAACUCAAGGGAAUUGAUAAUUUUACUUUAAAUAAGAUGAGUGAAUCCAUCCUUCUAUUUUAACCACUAUCUACAUGAGUUGCCUAAUCAUAAACCUUAUAACUAUAUUAUGAAUAUAACCAUAAAUAAAGGAAAUAUAGACGAAAAGUUGAAUGACGAUGUACAAUAGUUUUAUCUUUGUUGAUUUUUGGUUGCAUUGAAUAUACUCGUACUAAUACCUUACCAGUUUACCGAGCUCCGCUAAUAAUUGUUUUUUUGAUUUCAAUGAUGUAUAUUGUUUCUUUCAGUGUUAUUACACUGCAUGCCAUAUAAUAUACCUUACAAACUUCCCACCUACAACAGGGCCCCAUGUUGCAAAAUAUGUCCGGCUUUUUUUAUUCGGUAUUAAAUCUUUGGGAUUCUGAGAGGAGACAAGAGAGCGCUAUAACUUUCACAAAUAUACUGUGACGUUUGCUUUUUAAUACUCGUAAAAAUUUUUCCGGUAAUAAACAUGCUCGAAAAGUUGUAUACAGUAAUUUUGUAUAAAAUACUAAAAAUAAAAUGUUUAUAGGUAGGUAGUUAAUCACUUUGUAGUAAGGUCAUUUUCUAAUAGAUAAUUUCCCAGUUCAACGGCCCGACACUUAUUGCGAAAAACUGAAAAAAAAAUAGUGGGCAGAAUCGUAAACUAGCGUUUAAAUUUAAAUACUAACUGAAACGCAACUAUAUUAUUUUAUUUUAGUAGGAUUAAGAGUGUCGAAAUCACCAGUAAAAACUACGUUCUAUGAGUACUUUGUACAAUAUAAGUAUGUAACAGAUCUCCAUCUAUAUUUUAGAUUUUGAGCGAAAAAUCUAUAUUAGUUUUACUAUCUAUGAUAUAUGUUUUUUAUUCUGCCAGUUGAUAACUUUUUACCAGAAAUCUUCAGUCAGUGAAAUGAGUAUUCUUUUUUUAGCAUUUUGGAUCUAGUUGGUGAAUUGUGGAAGUCUGUUUUUGAUUUUCCUUAUCAGUCGGCCACUCUUACUAUUUGGGCUUUCUAACUUUAAGGGUUUUCUACCUUCUCAACUUCCCACCUACAACAGUAGCACACUUAUCAGCAAUAUCAGCUCUCUCCUUUUUUUCGAAAUAUUAUGUAUUUUGGUUCUUUAUUGGCUAAUAUAUUGUAUACGUUUAACUAAGUGGCUAUAAAAACACUUUUUAUAGUUAAAUUAAUAUUAUAGACGUCACCUGUGGGAAAAUGUAUGUUUAGAACACAUUGUUAAAGGAUGUAUAUUUAAUUUACCUAUUGAAAAUUUACAAACGGGAACGGGCAAUUCAGAAGAUAGCUCCUCUGCUUCACGCGGCGCGGUUUGUCCGUAAACAAUUUAACCUAACCUAUUAUAUCUUACUACAAUAUGUUUUUGUUUUGUUAGCAAAAAAUCUCUAAAAUUUCUAAACCGACUUUGAUGAAAAAAAAUUAGUUAUAUUUCCGAUGAUGGUAUGGAUCGAAUGAAAAGAGAUUCAUCAAAAUCGGUUUAGUAGUUCUCUAAAUUUGCUAAUAGUGAACGUUUCCUCUUUAUAUAAUAGUUGUAUAUAAUUUUUUUUUUUUUUUAAACGGUUUUUUAAAAAAAUAAAGACAAUACAAUUUUUAUGUAUAAAAUUUUCGAAUUCGCAUAGUAAAAAGUAAAUUUGUUUUUAGAUUUUGAUCGGAGUAAGGAGUGUAUUUAUUUUAUAAUGCUGUUUAUUUUUUGUUUUUCGGAAACAACUUUUUUAUCGGAAAUUUUGUUCCGAUUUUCAAGUGUAGCACCUUUUCCAAAAGAAAAUUAUCUUUAAAAUGAAAGGAGGGCAUGUUUUAAUUUUCUCAGGGGUUUUCAUUUUACAUUGGAAAAACCAUAAGAAAAACGGGAAACUUUACUGAAUUUAUUAUUUUCUAAUCGUAAAUAUUACGACCUUUCAAAACAUGUAUUUAUAACCGAACUCAGCUUAGAAUCGUUUUCGAUAACAAUGAUUAAUCGUUGCGUACAGAUGUACAUUCAAUUCCCCUCUAUCUUCCCCACUUCUCACCUACAACAGCGACCCACCCAUCGUGCGAACUAUGUCCUUAUCUUUUAUAUAUGCCUUUUUGCAGGUCCCAACAGUUUUUAUGCAAAUUUGAUUUAUUUAGAAGGGGGCGUUUUUCGCGAAUCAACAUUAUAAAUAAAUUACAACGGUUGCAUUACGAAAUAUAUAUUAAUGUAGUAUUUAUAGGUUCAUUUUCGUAAAUACCUAUGAUACCUAUGCAUGGGUCACAUUAUAUAAUAUUUUAUCAAUGACGUUUAAUUUUCGUGAAAUCGAUUUUUAAUUCCCUAUUGUAAACUGCAUGUAUAAUAAAACUUGAACGAUUUACAAUUUUUGUUAUUAUUAUUGUUCGUGUGAUGGUGACCGUGGUUACUUUAAUCACUUCAAUAAUAAUCAACAAAAUUUUAAAAUCGAUGAAACAUCGUUUUGUUUGUUUUUCAAUAUGCGUGCGGUUUACACGCUAAUUAAGAAACGCCGCAAUGAUGUGUUUACAAUUUAACACAACAUUAUUUUAUAUGCGUGUUCGCCUGACAUGUUUAUACAGUUUUGCACCGCAAUUAAAUUUGUAAACGUUUCGCGCGUAAAUUUAUAGGUAUAUACGAAUCACAAUGUUGCAUGAAAUUUUGUCCGCGCAAAAUAAUUUUUACUAUUCGUUAUAAUUAUUAAUAAUUACAAUACUGUUUUUUUUAACGUUGACAUCGGUUAAACGACAAUUGAUGUUCACGUUUUAUUAUUCUCUAUCGCUAAUAGUUCUUUUAAGCUCCCUGUAUGUUCUAAUUCCGACGAUUUCCAUUGUUUACUUCACGAAAGGUGUUCUACAGAACACAUUUCUAUAGUAUAGAACAUGCAUAUAGCCUAUAGGCAUUCCCCCUGUUUUGUCUUCUAUUUUUCCUUCUAUUGUUGUGGUUAUCCAAGGGCCAUUCCUAAUAAUUAAGUGUCUGAUUCACGUUUUUCUUCUUAGUUUCAGCGUAUUCCACAUUGAUUUCUGAGUAUGCACUUACAAAAAACCAUCAUUAACCCUCCAACGCCAUACUUCAAACGAUUUUAUUUUGACUUUCAGUGUACAUGGUGAUUGGUUUAUCACGAAUCAGAUUAGAUUUUUAAUUUACUCGUACAUUAUAUAUUAUACAGUGAGUUUUGCCAAAUAACACAUUUCUGAUUAUAUAUUUUUUUUUUUGUUUUACAACCGGGACAUUGGUUUAUUAAUGAAAUGUUUCUCCAACCUUGUCUACCCAUAGCAACUUUCAUCAGUUCAUUGUGGAAUCCUAUAACUAAAUAAUACACGAUCUGUUUCAUAUAAAACUGUCUUGGCUUUCCUCUUCCUGGUUUCCCUUGAAUUUUGUACUCAAUUAUAGAUAUUACCCAUUAUUCCUUGGUAGAUAUCCUAUCCAUUUCCUUCUUUCAUUCCUUGAUUGUUGUUCAUUGUUAACCUUCUUUCGUGUAUUUUAUGAUACGCAUCUUUAUUUAACAUUCAUUCUGUGCAGAAAAUUUUUAACGCCCUUCUCCAACACCUAGUUUCGAAUGUUUUUAUUCUUCUUCUGUCAACUUUCUGUUAACCAUGAUUCGUGAAUAAUUUUAGACUCGGAGCGUAGCAAUUGGCUCUACAAUAAUAAUUUUUUUUUUCUUUCUGAAAGGUAAUUUGCUCUCGUUAGUGUAUUGGGGAAGUAAUAUUUGAUUUUCUAGGGGAUUUUGGAAAUAAUUAGAAAAGACCCGAAAGAAAAGUAUAAGUAUAACGGAAAGUAUUUACGGUGCUCCGCAGCGUUACCGUUUUCAUUGAUUUGAAUUAUUGUUCACGAUGUUUUUUACCAGAAAUAUUGCUUUAAUCGAAAAAUGACAAGACAUUAAUGUUUUUUCUUUUAAUUUACAACUACUAACGAAGAAAGUCGAUUUUAUAUCCGAAAUAGUUUUCGUAAUAAUUGGGAAAAAUCAAAAAAUUACGAAAAAUACGAUUUCUUUUUUGAAUACACGAAUUCAUUAUUAAAAAAUUUUUACGGCAAAUAAUUUGGCCACUUAAGCGGAAUACCAUAUUAUAAUGACUAUAAUAUAAAAGUGUUAAAAUCAGUUUUAAUUUUUUUUUUUCUUUAACAAUCAUGUUAUAUUAUAAACAAAGUACUUUACUGCUGUUAGAACUCGUUCCACAUUUAACUUUCUAUUUAAAAAUCACAAUAUAAUUUUAAUGUUCUUAUUAUUCAGCAUAAACCGCGAAGUUAGAUAAUCGUAUGGUAAACAGAGAUCGCAAACAUUAUUAUUGCAUUUUUUGAACGAUAAUUUAGUCGGCUGAAGACCACAAUUGUUCGUACGGGUAAUGGGUCGAAACCGCUUUGAUGUUACCGACCUACCUAAAUAAUAUAUGAUAUUUAAAUUUAAAGUUAUACCUAUAUUAACGUCAUUGGCAUGUAUCGCAUUUCGACCACGGCUAUCUAAUCCAUCUAUAGAUAACCGUAAUUUCAACACACCUCUAUACUACCUAUUAUAGUGCAUACGAUAUGUAUUGCGUCCGUGUGUUUUUUCAGUAACGUUUAGUAAAUUAGUAUAUUAUUACGAAUUUGCAUACAAUAAUGUCUAUAAUAUCUAUGAUCUCGUAUAUUAUUGUUGUUUAGACAGGUAUUUUUUAAUGGAAUCGCAACCGUGAUGGACAAAACUAAUAGGAUACCUAGAUAAAUAAUACACAAAAUACGACGAUCAUUUUACAUUUCGUUUGUAUUAUUGUUUUACUAUGAUAUAGUAAUUUUCAUUGUUUGUUUGUUUGUUUGUAUUUUUUUUUUUUUUUGCUGACCGAUUUCGACCAGAAAAGGCUUGUUGCUCAAAUUAUCGAUGUCGGGGGUGGUUUCUGCAGAUAUAGACGAUUUUUGUCUAGUUAGUAGUACGAUUGGUUCGUUAGUGAAGUCGGUUUUUUUAAAGUUCUUUUCACUUUUCUUAAUAAUAACGUUGUAAAAAAGAGAAAAUUAAUGGGACACCGAGUUUUGAAAAAAAUCGAUUUUGUUUUUUAAAAUUGUUCAAUGUAAUUGAAUUGAGCAAGAAAUCGUCGUUAAACAUUUGAAAAUUCACCAUAGAAUACUUACAACUGGGUUGUUUUCUAUUAGAACGUGGUUUAUUUUUAAAAAUUUCACGACUUCGAUUUUUUAAAUUAGGUAAUGGUUUUUAACCAUUUUAAACUUGAAGUUCUUUUUUCCGGUUUUAAUUAAACGAAAUUAUUAUGGCCGCAUAUAAACGCUCUAAAAUUUGAAACAAGAUUAAUAAUGUCAUUGCUUUUGAAUAUUAUUCUAAACUUCAUGUUUGUCUGGUAUCAUUAUUUUGUGUCUUGAGUAUUUAUCAAGCGAUUUUAUAAUUCUUGUAGUUUUCGUAUUAAUAUAUAUGUUAUUUAUAUUGUGUACAUAUAUUAAUAGUAUUGUCUUUACGAAUGGUUAUUUCGAACAAACCGCUUACAAAUCGUGUAAAUUAUAAAUGUGUCAUAAUUUAUGAAAUGCCCAAUACGCACAGCAUCUACGAAACAAAAUAUUAUAUUUAGAGCACGAAUAACGAAAUCGCGGCGAUGUCGUUGAACUAAUUAUAAUUAAUUUCCGACGGCGUUAUUUUUACAGUCCUAAAUAGUGUAUACGCCUAAUGGACGGGUGAUUAAUUCGGAGGGCUGUUAUUAUACGCGUACAGGAGACUCGCUGCCAAUUUUUUACGGUCGAUUUCGAAUAAUGAAAUUAAUUUCCUUGUGCGCGAUUAUUAAUCCAUAUUAACGGCGUUUCCUAUGUGCUAUACAAUAACAAGACAAGACCGCGGGGAAACGCUGCUGCAGCUACCCGGAUAAAAAAACCACGGUGGCGGUCGUCGUGCCGCCGUGGUCAAUCAUUUUCUCGAUAACAGCAGAGAAAAUAUCUGCGCGAGUCCGCCGGUAAUAAUUUACAAAAAGAUUUAUUAUUUUCGCUCGUCUUGUGUGGCACUAUAUUAUGCAUAUAAUUAUUAUAUAUUAAGUUUUAUUGUUAAAUAUCUGCGGUGGCUGUACGACGAUGUGUGGGGUAUCGCAUCAGUCGUAAUAACAUGUACAAUUUACUGUCUACACGAAGAAUACGUUGAAUUGGGACAAGGUCGAGAAAUGUGUCAUAUCAUAAAUCGGGAACUUACAAGAUAACGGAGAUACAUUUACGUAUAAUAUUUAUAUAGAUACGCUGUUACAGUGUUCGUCAAAGAGUGCGUUUUUUAAGCAUACCAGUGUAUUGUAUAAAUGAGUAACGUUAUUGUUUUUAAAACGUCGGAUAUAAACGAUGUUUUCAUUUUUUUUGUUUUUCGUCUAUCAGCGGUGAGAUAAACUCAUAUAAUAUUAUAUUACGCAGUGGCGUAUUUACGGAAGGGGUGUACAGGUUUCCCCCAGAGACACACAGGCACACAGUUAUUCUACAAUGUUAAUGGGCUUGGUAUAAUUUAGGUUUUGGACUUGGUCGUCUGAAUUGUGUUAAUACGCCCCUUUCCCUCACCAUAAAAAAAAAAAAAAAACGAGUCAUAAAUACGCCAUUUAUAUCAUGUGUGAUUCUACAAAAAAUUAUUAUUUGACCAACCCGUCCAUUUAUCGAUAAAAAAAACCGCCUGAAAUAAAAUAAAUCGUACUAAUUCAAUUUGUCUUUUAUCGCCCUUCACAAAAAUACAUUUAAGUUAAGUCACCUGGUUCUACUCUCGAUGUUUAAUUAUUCCGCACCCACCGGUGAGUAUUUAAACUCACAACUACUAUCGCACAACCAUCCACUGGGUCUAGAUAUCAUUAAAAUAAUAUAUCUAUUUAUACUUUUAAAAUAUUAUUUAUCCUUUAUCCAAAUUUUUUUAUAUUAUACAUACUUUUUAUUUAUAUAUAAUGCAAUAUAUACUUUAAUCUCAAAUUCAAAAUUUCUUUUAAAAUAUAUAUAUAAUGAAUGUUGCGUGUAAUAUAUUAUAUGUAAAUAUAAUUUAAAUUACUAAAUGGGUUAUGCAGAAUAUACUUAACUUACACUUAUUUUAAAUAUGUAUUUACAAAGUAACGCGUUUUCUUGCUAUAACCAUAUAAUAUACUAAAAUAUUCUGCAGCAUUUAAAUUUAAAUAUUUAUCUUAAUAGGUCCACAUACACAACAUUUCUUCGGAAAAUAAAUAGGUGUUAUAUAUAUAUUUAAAUUAUUUCAUAAUUUUUAAAAUCAAUAAAAAAAAUGAACUUUUUAUGCGUUUUCGUAAUACUAAAAAAAUAAUUAACGAUCUUAGAAAUGUAGAAUACAUAUUAAAAGAGGCCUCUUUAAUGAUUAAAUAAAUAAUUACUUAUUAGAAUUUACAAUGAUACCACGAAACAUCUGGAAACCAUUAAACAAUUUCUAUAUAAUUAUAAACUGUUUAAAUGUUUUUGUCGUUAUGCCUUUUAUGAUAAACCAUUGAAGAUAGAUAUUUUUGGAAUUAUGCUUAUAUUUUAAAUUUUUAAGCUAUUUUUAUAAGCGUUUUCGAUUUUUUUUUUUGAUUUUCUAUUUGGUUAUAUGUGGACAAAAUUGUUGUUUUGGUUAAUGAGAAUUUUUUUUUUAUGUAGUACCUCAAAAGUUGAGAAAUCUCUGCCCAGUAGUACUUUAUUUGAAACAUUUAUCGAUAUUUUCAACAAUUUGCCCAUAAGGUUUUUUUUUUUUUUGUCAUUGUUCGAUUUUCGUUGAUUUCUGGGUUCCUUUGACAACAAUGGAAUAAACACGAUCAGUAUGAAGGCCCACUUUUUGUUUAUCAAUUUCUGUGUAAAAUGUAACGAGUACAUUGAACAUUCAAUAAAUACAUCUCGUUGACAAUUAUAUUUGCCAAAGGGGCGAAUGAAAUUCCUGCGGGGGGUAUUUGCUCACUGGAGUAUACCUGGAUUUAACCCUAAACACGAUCAGUGUUACUACUUUGUGAUACUAUCGUUUUUUUUGUUUUCAAUGAUUUAUCGUUACAUAUACAGUAAGUGCCUGUCACAGGUAACCUGUGUAAAUUAAAUUACCCCGUACAUUAUAUCUUACCCACAACGGUGGCCUACCCGCAAGCAGUACCAACUUGGAAAAAAAAUAUCUGCGUCGGAAUAACUCAUCGCUCUUCCUGGUCUGCGAAUAGACAAUAGUAAUAAUAAUAAUAAUAAUAAUACUAUGUUUUCGCGGAUAAUACCUAUACGUUUCCAAGACGUUAAAAAUCAAACAAAUUUUGAAUAAUUAUUAUAAAAUAAAAUAUACUGUUUUGUUAUUUAUACGCAUAGGUUCCGCGAGAGUUGCUCUCCGCAGUAAUAUACAAUAACAUAUUAUUAUAUAUUAUCCGCGUGAUGUUAUUCGUACAAUAUAUAGUAUACGUGUAGGUACAAUGACGUCCGCACUAUAUAAUAUAAGCUAAUAAUCGUUCCCAUCGGUCCGUCAUCGUUAAUAAGAUAGUUUUUGUUUUUCAUCUCGUUUCUUUUUCUCUUCUGCAGCCGUACGACUCUUGGCAACCUUCUAUAAUUAUCCGGUUGACAGCGGCAUGGCCCGACGCGAUGACCGAACCGAAACAUUUAUGCCGCCGCUCGUUAUAUAUACAUAUUAUACUAUUUUUCUUAUUUUAUAAUUAUAAAUAUUAUAUCUUUCUGUUUUUUCCGAUGGAGGGGAACACUCCGAUUCGGCAUACGGAUACUGUAAAAACGGUCGUUUUCAAUCCGUUAGUCAGUUGGUGUGCGUCGCCGUUCCACGAGACAUUUUUCACAAGUACAAUUACAUAAGAAAAUCUCGCGUGAAAACACAAUAUCUCGUAAUCAAUAGUAAUUCGCAAUCUGUGACCCGUCUGCAGGUUUACACGCCGAACCCCCGCCUAUUACGCGCUGCUAAUCCGAGAUAAAACGGCCAGAAAAUGGGCAUAACGGAACAGUAUUAUCACGAAUGGAAGGUUAGUUUCCACAUUUAAAUGUAUAUAAACAUACUUAUAUAUGUACAUGAAAAAUUCCAAUAACUCUAAUAGUUGUCGAUAGAAACGCGACAUUUUCGAUUUUAAAUCGCGCCGUUAGAAUUUACACUGUAUCGGUUUAAUAGGCGCCUACUUCAGAUAUUGGUGUUUUGUUUAUCGAUUGCUACAACACACGUGAAAUAAUCGGUUAAAGUGUUUGAAUUUUUUUUCACGGCCAAAUUCAAUGCCCUAUUAUCAUAUUCUAUAUAAUGUUUGACCAACGACCUAUUGCAGUUCACAACAUUAUUUUUCAGAAUAGUCUCAUAUAAUCGCUUCCGUCCGUUCGCACAACAAAUAUUACAGUGCAAUGUAAUAUACAUGUAAUUAUAUACAUUACAUCAUCAUUAACGAGACAUCGCGGUAUAAUCACAACUCUAAUAUUUUGUUUGUUAGGAAAUUGUUUUUUUUUUUUUUAUCUAAAUUGUUGUUUUAACAUAGUUACCUAUUUAUUUAUUAGACUAUAGAUGUUUUUUUUCACACAAACUCAAUUACGCAAUUGAUACCUAUUUAUGUACUUUAGGUAUACGUAUAAUUACACUAUAAUAUAUCAUACUUGUUAAUAAUAUAGCGUGCAAUAUAAUUGGCCGCAAUAAAAUACCUACAGUAAUAUUGUGUUUCAUUAAGUAUUGAAUUAUCUAUUAGGUACCAUAAACAUCAUGAGGCCGUCUCGGUUGAAUUUCUCGUUUCUUAUUUCUAAAAGGCGGCGUAGCGUUAUUUUUAUAUUUGCGUUAAACAAACCAAAAAAGGGCCUUUUGAAGUCGAUCACACAGAUAAGAAGCGUAUACGACCACGUUUUGAAGGCAUUACCGAGUUGGUGUUAUUAGAAAUAUGAAUUAUUAAAAAGUUGCAGUUAAAUGUGAAAUAUGAUUAUUUGUACUUUCGAAAUCGAGUUGAAUACAUUUUAAAGACAAUAAAGUUGUAAGACGUCGAUGAAGUAAUGUCUUCAAAAUCACGUUAUACGCAAACUAUAAUAUAUUAAUAGAUGUUUAUCAGUCUCUAAACCCGAUUUCAAAAUGUCUUUUCGUUAAUUUUAUUUAGGAAAAUACAUAUAUUCAACAUUAUCCGUCAAAAAGACAAAUGCAAUGUAAUGUCGGUUUUUUAACAGUUCCCUAUUAUUAAUUUAAAUUUAUAAUAUUAUUAUUUAAACAUAUAACUUGUUUGUACUUGUUAGUAUAAGUAAGUACGUGAACGAGCGAGUGAGCGAAUUAUAGUGAAUACGGGUUUAACUUCUAACUUUGCUUAAUACAUUUUAAGAUUGUGAUAAUCGAAAAGUGAAUGGAUGUAUUUGUAUAUUUAAAACUUUUGACGCGUAAAUUAUUUAUUUUAUAAUUAUUAUAAUUAUUACAACGCAAUAAAUGAUAAUGGAUUUUCACAGUAAAGUUAUUACCGAAAAAAUAAAACAAAUUCAUAGUACCUAUAAGGCUAUAACACAAAUGCUAUUAUAGUCUGAUUAUUUUAUGUUAUAGCUACCUUAAAAAAACAUUCCUAAUCUUUCUCCAAAAAAUUUCUUAUAUGUUGUUUUUUAAAUAUAAAAUAAUUUGGUUAGGCACGUGCUCUAAUUUUAUUUGUUUACAAUUUUAAAAGAUGUGACAUUUUCUCCCGGUAGUACUUUAUUAGAACAACUUAUCAAAACUGUUUAGGAGUGCAUCCCCUAAGUCCUUUUUCUGCUGUAUAAUUUUUCUUUGCUUUCUGAAUUAAAACCCUGGCAAGUGGCAAUAACGUGUUUUUACGACUAACACUAUUCCGCUCAAAAUCGUUUUUUCAUUUGAAAUGAUUUAUUCGUAUCGUUGCAUAUACAGUAUAUAAACUAAAUUACCCUGUAUAUAUCUUACCUCCUCAACUAAUCAAGUCCAACAGUGACCUAUUAACUUUUUAAAUAUUAAAAAAAACAAAAAUUCGGUUCAUUAUAAACUUGUAUUUAUCGGUAAAAUGAAAACAAAUAAAUAAAUUUCCUCCCCCGCUCUCAUAUACGUAGAUUAUUACGUAGAUUUUUCAAACUGAGUUUUAGUUUAAUAAUAAAGAGUAUUAUUAAAAGUUCAAUAUAUUAUUUCCAAAUCAAAUCCUACUCGAUGGAUACGUGUGGUAAAUGAGGACGAUUAAAAAUAAACCCCGUAGUAUAUAAUAGACACGACCCAAAUAUCAAUGUAAACAUUUUGCAUUAUAUUACGCGUGCGCGAUGCGGUUUUGUUUGUAUAUACAUAUACGAUAAAUUAAUUCUAAACUCCCGACCGUCGUCUCGUACGCCUACUUAUCGCAAAAAUUUUAGAUAUUAAUAUGUUAUUUAAAUUUACGGAAUUGUAGAUAAUAUUUUGUUGUUUUUCUUCCAGGUUUUUAAUCGAAAAAAACGACAAAAAUCGUUUGAAUAAUGUUUUAAAAUUAGUAUUUUCAUAACGGUUUAAACGGCGAAUUUGUGUAUAUUACAAUUUGUACAUGGGUUAGGCGAUUUUGUACACGACAUUUCGUUAAUAUUUAUUAUUUCCUGGGAAAUAAGUGUCACAGCGGCGAUCCGUAAUAAUAACGGUAAUAACACUGCAUCAGCGAGUUACAAAACAUAUUUAUUAUAAUCUAGGCGCCGUUUGAAAAUAAUUAUUAAAAUACUGUACCUAAACUACGGCUUCGCGAAUUCUAUUCGAAGGUCGUUUAUGGCUUUAUUUUUAGUAGAAAACGAUUUUGCCGACAACCCACCCACUUGAUUAAAUAUAAAAAAUUCCAAAAUAAAUUCUGCGCGUUAAUUUUCAAACUAAAAUUAACAUUUAAGCGCGUAUAAUAAUAGCGAAAACAAAAAAAAUUUUUAAAAAAUGACGAAAAUUCUAAUAUUUGCAAACAUCGAUCACUCGUGUUGACCUUGUUGUCGUUAUGCGAAAUUCGCAACGAAAUUAAUAGGGUCAAUAGAAAAUUAUAUAAUCAGUUGUUAGAAACAUAUUGUUUUGGUACUAUUUUUAUACAUACACGUAUUAUACACGAUCGAAGAAAACAUUUAAAAUUAUGAUCAUUAGUGGCGCGUACAACUGUAGUACAACUGGUAAAUUGAAGGUCAAUAUGUGUAUACAUAUUUUUUAAAUUCUUUUACAAAAAAUUGGCUAACCGAAAAUAAUAUACGGAAAAAAAACAACAUACAUCUUAAUAAACUAUUAUUAUAAUAUUACCUUCGAGUGUUACGAAUAAAGACGAAAUUCCUUUUAACUUAAUUGUGGGUCGUGUAUAGAAGUGAAUAAAAUAUUAUUCAUGCUAUAAUAUUAAUAAUAAUAAUAAUAAAGAUUUUUAUCCUUAAGUUUUCAAUAUCAGUAUGAGAUAAAAUAAAUCUUUGAUGCAUUGAAAAAAUACAAAAUAAAACUGUAACUCUGCUGUUAAAUUAUCCAUACCUAAUGUAAGAUGUCCAGGGAAGUUCCAUCGACUGAAAACGGCCAACAUGUUUUCCAGACGAAAAAAUAACAUAUCACCUAUACAUCUAUACCUAUACCGUUAUAAAACCACCGUUAAAAUGACUUUGUCGUUUUAAUCUAUAAAACCGAUGAUUAACAAUUGCUAAUAGAAAAUGAUUCUGAGCAGAGUUCGGUUACUCAUGUAUGGAAAUUUUGUGAUUUUCGUCUAAAUUUAAACCAUAAUAACAAUAAAAAAAACGUUACAUUUUACAAUUUUUGUUUUUUUGUUACUACGUACAAAUUAUGAUGAGCUUCGUGAUAAAUUUUCAAGGAUCUCUGCUGAGGCACAACAAUUUUAUUCUAUUUUAUUAUAUAAAUUGUUCAAAAUGUACAGAAUAUUUUGAAUACUGUAUCAUGUUUGAAUAGUCAUAAGUAAUUUAUAUAGGUAUUCUAUAAUAAUCUUAGAUUCUACGAUUGUUAUUAACCUAAUUAAAAAGAAAAUCGAAAAUAAGUGAAACCGUUAAGUACCUAAAUUGUUUCAUUUUGCGAAGAUUUUUCAAAUUGUUAGAAAAAAUUAUAAGGAAAAUCAAAAAAAUUAUCUACUCUAUGCACCAACUAGACGAAAUUUGCUACUAGAAACCAUCCAUAAAGUCGAUGUUCGGAGCAAGGUUUACAUGAGAAAAGUGAUUCGUAUCUAGAUAAAAAAGCACACAUUCACUCAGAAUCUAAAAAUAAUUUAAACGAAUUGUACUUGAUCAUUAAAUUUGUAUCAGUUUUAUUCGAUUAAGUUAACUUUCUGAAUUAAUUCGUUAAAUAAAUUAAACGCAAGCGGCAAGUAAGUAUCCACUUACACUGUAUCCAACUUAAACAUGCAGAUGUCACAGGUACUUACUAUAAUAUACUUACUAUGUCUUACUGAAAAAAUGAUUAUACAAUUUCGUAUAUUUUAACGUUUUCUAUAAUGGCUAUUCCGAAAUAACUAUAUACCACAUUAUAAACGCUAUCGGGUGGAAGAAAAUUUAGAGAUUAUUAAACACGAGGUUUUAAACCUGCCAAACAUUCUGGCACGUGAUCAAAGUUCUAUUAUGGUGACGCGGAACAAAAUUUCGACGAGCGCGGGUUUAUCUUUAUCUUAGGUACAUAUGCCGCAUAGAAAUCGGAUAAAAGAAUAUAUUAUUAUGAUAUAUAAUAGCUAUAAUAUUAUAUUAUAAAAAAUUAUUAUUAUCAUUAUUUUUUUUUUUAAUCUUUUAUAUAAUUUUCAAAAAAUAUAUCUUCUCACUGUUCAUACAUAAUAGUAAAUGCACAUCAAAAAAAUAAUAAUAAUAAAAUAUUAUAUAGGUACUUGACAUAUUUAACUACCUACGAGAUUUUACCUACCGCGCGACAACAUGAUCAAUUGGUUUUUUUCCCUAAGUCAUCACUCAUCACUAUAUUAUGUAUUUAAACGCACACACUACUCCGCCGUAAUUUAAUUUUAAUUUCCGUAAGAAAAUUAUAAUUUACUAUUUAGACACCUAUCCUAAUUUACAGGUACACUAAUAAAAUUAACCAAAUAUUGUAUUAUAUAUUCCCUAAGAGAUAUUCAUUCCAUUAUUAUAUUUAUGCAUAUUAUUGUAUGGCUUUCGAUGAAAAAAACGAUCGCUGAAAACUAAAUGUACCUAUAUUAUAAUUUGUGUAAAUAUUUGUAAAUUUAAAUCAAAACGAAUGUGUACUAUAUGUAUAGGAAUUGGAAUUUGUUAAAAAGAAUACAUAUACAUUUCAACAACAUUUCAGAAGAAACAAAAUACUAUUUUUCUCUUAAUAAAUUUGCUAUUUGUAUAUCAUACACAUAGGUCCCUUUUAACAUAAUAUUAUGAAUAUUUCACAUUUAAUUCUAUACAGACAAGAUGAUUUAACAUAAAACGAUGUGUUUAUAUAAGAAGAUAAUUUAUUUACCGUAAAACUAUUUUGGUCAAAUAUAUUACUUAGGUUCGUUUGAACAUAUUUCCAUUCCUAGAAUCUGGGUGCCCGUUAUUUUUGAAGUUGAAAAUUUUGGAAAAUGCCGACCGGAAAUUUGUUCAAAUAUGUGCAUCUAAAAAUACGGCCCUUAUAACUUUAGCUUUAUUGAACCGCAUUAACAGCGUGCACUUAAAGUUCAAAGUUUAAUGAAAAUGUGAAAAAUUUUGUUUUUUUAUACAUACUUCCUUAAAUAUUAGUAUUACGAAAAUUUCUAUUGUGUUUGUAUUGUAGAACUGAUAAUUUACUAAAAAAAUGAUCAGUUUAUACUUUUUUCUGAAGUUAACCAUCUUGCGCCAAAAUUAAAAAACCUAUAUACCGUUUGUCGUAAUUUAUGAAAAUUGCUUGGGUUUAAUGCUUUGCGAUUUUCCAUUAAUAAUAUGCAGAUAUCAAAAAAUCCUAUGCAGCAUAACUUGUUAUGUUUAUUUCCAAAAAAAAGACGAACAUAUCUCGCACGAUGGGUGGGCUACUUUUAUAGGUGAUAAGUUGGAAAGGUAGAAUAUAGAGGAGAAUUUAAUUUAUAUAUAUCUGUACGCAACGAUUGCUAAAGAAAAAAGGUUCGGAACGAAGUACAUGAAUGUAAAUUGUCCGUAUUUCCUACGUUUUCUUUCGGUUUUUCUCAAUUAUUAUGAAAACCGCUUAGAAAAUAAAAAAUUACACGUAUAAAGCACAAAUAUAAUUUUCUUUCAGUAAAGAUGCUACACUUGAUAAAUUAGAACAAGAUAUUUGAUAGAAAAGUUGUACGCAGAAAAAAAUAAGUAAUAAUAAACAUAAUUGUAAAACCAAUACAUUCCACGCCAUGCUCCGAAUCUAAAAAAAAAAAACAAAUAGGUAUUUUUAUAAUUUUUAAUAGACAAAUUUUCCUUGUAAAAUAAGAAAAUAAAAAGUUUCGCACAAUACUGUACUACUAUUUCUAACUGAGUGAUCCGCUCGAUACUCGAACAUAUCGACGAUGAUUUGAUCAAAAUUGUGUGGCCAAUAAAUUAAUUUUGUGAGCUACGCUGUAUUCACGCAAACGAGAAACAGAACAUAUAAUAUUAUAUAGUCUCAUAAAGAAUUCAUCUAAAAAGUAUUUCUUUUUUUACGAGUACGUCUUGUAUAUUAUUCGAUCGCAUCACAUUGACGAUUAUGGGAAUUUCAUAUCUGGUUCUAAUUCGAGAGAGAUAUAUUUAAAAUUGUACACAACUAACUCCAGCUGCCAAUUAAUAUGUGUACACGGCUUUAGUAUGUAUCGUGUUGUAUAUUACUCUUGAUUUUAUAUCUUUUUCCUACGCGUUUGUGCGGUUAAUGUAUUUGAGCGUUCGAAAUUAAUUUAAAUUGAUAUAAUUUUGUAUAGACGCGCGUAUGCAUUUUACAUUUUUAUAGAUCGAGGUUUAAAGAAGAAAAACCGCGUGUAGAAAGUGAAUUUUAUAUUUUUUUUUUUCCAAACCACUUUGAAACAAUAAUAUCCGCAAAAAAACUAGACGGCUACAUUAUACCGGCCAGUAGUUAAAUUUCUGCAGUCGCAAUUUUUUUUCGCGAAUUGUAUUUUUAGAUUAAUGAAUCUAGGCUUUAUAGUGUAUAAUAAUAUUUAAGUAACUAGGUACUGCAGACCUACUCCCUUAUUCCGAAUUGGCAAGAUUCUAUCGUUUCGUGUACGCACUUCCGAACGCGCGUAUAACAGUUCGGUUUUACUACGGGUCAUUUACACAAGAGUUUUAUGUGCGCUUGUAUAGGAAGCUGCCCACUAAUUGGACCUCUUUUCCUGUUGGACAACCGGGGGAAAAAAAAAAUAUAUUAAAAAUAACUCUUUAUUUUAUUAUUUAUACAUAUAAUUUUUUUCGUGCACGUCCGAACUUUUCCGGGCGCUAACCCAGCAAGCGACGACGGGCUUGGCUAUACAUAUAUGUGUAUACGCAAGCACAAACCGUAACGCGCGGCAACAUAAUGUCGUUUUCAUUCGAACAAUCGAUCUUAUCUGCCAAACUGUAUGUAUACCUAGUAAUUUUCUUUCUUAAUUCGCAAUUAUAUCUCUUGACAAUAUUAAAUUUCAAUAUCCAAUAUAAAAUUCAAUGAAGUUAUAGAUUAUUAUAAUAUGGAUUCUCGUUAGAUAAUUGUAGGUAUCGCAAAUAGUUCGCUGUGUAGCACCGUUGUUUAAUUGGCAACACCGUUUUGUGUAAAAUAUUGCAAUACAUUAAUAUGAUAUUGUCGGUUUGAUCAUAAAGUCUUCAGAAAACUUUACAAUUGAAUGUUUAAUAACAAAACGCGUAUCUGACGAAUUGAUCUACCUAUCUCGUAUGUAUCUAAAUUUUAAUUCAGUUUAAGAAAACGAUAUAAUAUGUCGUGUUGCCACUAUGAAAUCUUGCAGUGAGUCGAGAAAAAUAGGUACGUGGUAUUGGUUAUUAAGCAACAAAAUAUAGUAUAUGCGAUAAAUUACCUACAAAAAAAAUAUCACUUUUUGUUGAUUUUUCUGUAGAGUUGUAAAAUAGUACUCAAAGGGCUAACAGUAAGCUGUCAGGGGCUUCUGUACGCUAUCGAAAUGGCUUUAAAUAAUCCAAUAGGUAUUGCAUUAGGUUAUUUUGGGAGCCAGUAACAUGUUGUCUAAGACUGCAGUAGGUGACAUAGGCUAUCGGUAGGCCGUAAUAGUGAGGUCAUUUUCAAAGAAAAGUAUUGACGAUAGAAAGUAAUAAGCUGGGACGGGUACGCUGUGUAACUCUUAGGGACUGUAGAAUGAAUAUUUGCUAGACUGUUUUUAUCGUGUAAUCCAACCCUGAUAGUAUUAUGUAGGUACUACAAGAUGUGAUUUCUAUUUUUACAUGUUUCUUUGAUCAAGUUCCUUUUGAUAAACCUUUAUUUACUAUAUAUAUAUACAGAUGUGCAUUUUUAGGCAUGGAAAAAAAGACGUGCGGUGUUGUCAAGUUUCCCAAAAUUUGUAUGUAUUAUGUAUAUAAUAUAUAUUAAAUUAUAUUGGUAAAUUUCCAAUUUAGAAUUAUUUACUGUACUAGUCUAAAUAAAUGGCCGGGAAGAAACUCAUUUUACCAACGGGUGCUAUCCUUUAUAAUCGUUCAUUUCUGCCUUGGAAUUACUAUAAGGAAAAUCAUAUAAAAUUGUUUGUAUUUUGACUUAACGAAUUUCUUCGAUUUUAUUGUCAUAUCUGAAUAAUAUUUUGUAAUAAGAAGUCUCCAGACGAUAUUAAUGAAACACAAAGAAAAAAAUGUCUAUUAUUCUUUUCUUUUUUUUUUCAGAAAAUGUGAAAUUCGUUUAACUCGAUAAUAAAGUAAAUAAUAUGUAUAACCCACUAAAACUUAAAAAAAAAAAACUAUGUUACCAAUAAUUAUUAUCAUCUGCCAUCACAACAUGUCGUGUAUUUUUAUCCAUUAUUUUUGCGGAAUAAACGCGCACUAAUACUUAAGUAAAAAUAAUAAUAAUAAUCGAAAGGCACUUCCCAUUUUUGUUAAACUAUUUUAAAAAAAAAAAACCUUAAAAUGCGUUCAGGAAAAAAAUGGAACAUUUAUUUAUUCAAAUUUAUAUUAUUUGUGAUACAAUACAUUACGUAUAAUUAAUAAUUGUACUUUCGUGACACCUAUACAAACUUUUUUUUCAAUAUAUAAAUAAUACAAACGCAACGGGAAUACAUUAUGUUGAAACAUUUUCAACAUGUAUGUUAAUCUUGUUUACUUUGUAUAGUUUAUAUGUGGAAAACUAUUCAUGAAACGCGUAGGUAUUACUCACCAUUUUGUUUUAAUUCGAAAUACACGAUCAUUAAAAAUAUUAAUUUUUUGAAUAUUGUACUUAAAAUUUAUAUCUAUUUUUGUUUUAUUGUAUACGUAUCGGUACAUGAUAUGUAAAAAGUCAAGUAUUCGCAGCGAAUACUAGCAGACUGCACAGUAUUUUCAAUCAGAUCAAAUUGUGAUCAUUUUUUUUUUUAUCUUCACAGUAUAUUGCCGAAAAUAAAAAAGUCCUUUUGCAUCGAUGCAGACCAAUUAUAGUGCUUUGGACGGUAGCCAUAAAUUCGCACUCGACAAUGGUUGACGUAUAUUUCGUUUGCCAACGUUGCCAAAAACACGAUAAAGCAGACACGUGUUUACAUUAUAUAUUAUACGGUUUUUUUUUUUGACGUCAAUAAAAUUUAAAAAACUCGAUUAUUUCAAAAUUAUAAUAAUAAUAAAUACGAAUUCGAUCGUGCAAAAAUAAUAAUAGGAGAGGCUUUAUAACUUUAUAAGUAAAAUUAUCGUUUACGGAACAUAUAUCUAAACAUAAUAAUCAAUUAAUCUAGCAUAAUUAAGGAAAAUGCGCGUGUGUAUUAUAUGAAGAAAACAAAAAGAUAUUCGUAAAUCGUUAUUAAUGGACUUUAGACUUUCUUUCUUCUUCGUUGGCUAUAUCAAAACACAAAAUUUAAUUAUAAACUAUGUAUUCAACAUUGAAAAUAUAAUUGAAGAUUAGAGACGCUACAGAGGCUUAACCUCUACAGAAAUCAUCCAAAUUCCCCUACAACUAUUGGAUAUUUCCGGUGUGUAUUUUAUAUAUAACAAGCCAAAUUUAAAAAUACUUAUUAUUCUAGCACCCUCUUUCCAUCGAAAAAAGGUAUCGAAUCUUCACUUAAUAUGAUUGAACAUUUAUUACUGAUAAAAUAAUGAUCUUUAUGCGUUAUAUUAUUGAACUAAUUUCACAACAAUUAUGUAUUUCGGCCUUUUAUAAUAUAUCAGUUGCAAAUACAGUGGGGCAUGGUGAACUAAAAAUAUGUAAACGAGCUUAAGAGAAAAAUGGAGUGAUCAUUCUUCAAUACUGUGUUUUUAGGGUUUUAAAUAUACUCACAUACUCACCACUCUACUGUGUAUAGUAAUAUUUUUCUUGGAUUUUAUUGUAGGUAUAUAAUUUGCAUAUACCUAAUAUGUUUAGUCCUUCCCCAUUGAAAAAUCCUAAGUAUACCAACUGCUCAAAUGUACAUAUUAAUUUUUUGUGGACGUUUCUUAUGUAACAGUUUAUACAUCUAAUUUAACGAUUCCUUAGCCGAUGCAAUAAAUAUACAAAUACAUUCAAAAGGUUAUGAGUAAAUUAAACAAUAUAAAUAUUUUGCUUUAUUAUUCAUUAUCUAUUCGACACGGUUUAUUUUAUGGGCACGCGACGACGUGAUGAUUAAAAAAAAAGGUACAAUAUUAUUAUAAUAUAAAUUAUAAUAGAUAAAAAAAGUAGUAUGUGUGAAUAGGUUAUAUGGAGGGCGUUGUCCCGAAAAACUUUAUAGAAACCCGAGGUCACGAGUGCAGCAACUGCAGCUGUAAGAAGAAGUCCAUCAAAUAAACUUUUUUGUGAAUCACGACGACCGUGUUGUUUUUUUUUUCUAUAAAGUAUACGUGAACAAAAAUAUCGUCUCCUCGAAACAAUCACCCGGUCGUUAACCGAACGCAUGCUCAGUAGAUUCCUAUAUUAUAUCCAAGGAGUUGUAUAUAGGCAAUUUUAACGAUAUUUUGAAUCUUAAAUAAACUCGAAAAUAUUCAAAAUCGAUAGUCAAAAUAGAUGAAUUCACAAGUAUAGAGCCACGUGCUACAAGUAUUUGUUCAAAAAUAUAUACGCGCAAAACAGAAAAAAAGUAUGGGUUCUUUAAAAUAAUUAAAUUGUACAGAGAUACAUAAUAUUAUUUGCAUUUGCAUUAACCAACAAUUAAAUAAACAGAUCGAUAUCAUAAGAUUUAAAAUGCAGGAUUUUGAUUUUUUUCAAUCUCUGUAUGUACUGGGUAGAUAUUUUUCCAAAAACGCGUACGCGGGUCCUUUUAAAAUAUACUUAUUGUCUAAAAUCGUUUAAAAAAAGUUCUUCCGACUUUUUUCGUAUAAACAUAUGACGUUUUUGUUACUGAAAAUUAUCAACACGAAUGGGAGAUAGACAACCAAAUUAUCGACAGGGAAAAUAUACCGACAAAUUUUUCACCGAAAAUAAAGACUUUCAUUUUAAAUUAUGUAUGUUAUAUAUAAUUGUACGAGUAUACAUUGGAGUCGGUAAAUUGCGUUCCCAAAAAAAGGUCAUAGUUAUUAGACUAUGCAAAUUGCGACCUGGGUAUAUUUAGCGGCUGUUUCUGGCAAAAAUAAUUUCAAACUCAGGAAUUAGAAUUGUUUUGUAGGAGGUAGAUUGAAUUGAUGAAAAUUGGGUCGAAUUUAAAUAGAGGAUGUUUUUUAGCUUUGUACACCUCUACAGACUUCUCAGACGAUGUAAGAGGGAUGCGGAUGAAAAUGUGCGUAUGCGUAGUGUUAAUAGCAAGGAUUUGCUUAAAUUUUAAACUUUCAACCCUCGCUCCUACCAUUUUUAAAAUCAAAUUUCAUCGUUUUUCUGAAAGUUAUAUAAUAAUCAAUAAUUAUAUUAUUGUAUAGUAUUUGAUUAUUUAUUGUUUUGCAAACAUAAUUUCUAAUAUACAAAAUAGCGGGGUGGGAGAGGGAAUUCGACUCUAGUGACGGAACUUUGCUGCACACGGGUGUUUUCCAUUUUUUAAAAUAUUGCCUGUACAGCACGUUUAACGUGUGUUUUCGAAUAUUAUAUUAAAAUUACCGUCGAUGAAUAAACUAAUAUAUAAUAUAAUAAUAGCUAGCUAUUGUAUAUUUACCGCAAAAAACAGCAAAUGUCAUUGUCGCCCGCGCACCAGAGUCCGGCCUACAGUGUUUAUUAUAAUAAUAUUAGCGUAAUAAUCGGUUUCAUUUUGGAUACGGCCUAUAAACCCGAUACUAUAUAAUAGAUUCUCCUCCCAUGUUUUAUAAUUUACAAUAAUAUACAGAGUGAUUAACAUAACGUAAGACACUCAUUAAUAGUCUGAAAGUAUUAAGUCUUUUCGAGAUGUUUUUUUUUUUAGAAAAUUUAAGAAACAAGCGGUUCUAAACUCGAGACGGAAAUUUUUAAAACCGUAAUUUGUUUGAACUAAAACUAAAAUUUAUUUAUAGAAUUUUUAAUACAGGUUGCCAUAUGUGAAACUCAAAAAUGUAUAUAUAGUGAUGCUCCCCCCCCCCACGGAUAUACAAGAGUGACGAGAAACAACGGUAUUAUAACACACGUUAUAGCUGCUCGUUUACUUGAAUUUUAUUAACACACAGAUUCCGAAAAAAUAUUCAAAUGCUUUUCGGGAUAAUGAGUAUCUUACGCUUUACGGUGAUCACUCUGUAUAUAUUUAUAUUAUACCUAUGUAUGACUGCACAGCCACGCGCGUGCGUUGUCCUCGACACGGGCUUGUCUAUUAAUUUAUUAUUCGUGUAUCUCGUCGACCGGAAGCGGUAAAAAAAUAACGAUAAUAAUAAUAAAAAAUUAGCUUUCGUCAAAAUGACCGCGGCCUACCCGCACGUCCGCCGCCGCUGUUAUUUACAUAUUAUAGGUAAGUAUCUAUUUAUUUAAACGGUCGAAAAACGGGACGUAUAAUAAUUUACAAAACGGUUUUGGUCCGACGAUUCGCCAUUGACAUCCAUAUUAUUAUCACGUCGUAUAAAAUAAUGAUAUAACGUAUAUCUAUCAUUUAUAACGGUCAGCGUUGAUAUCUGUAUCGGGGGGUUUUUUUACGUGUUUUUAUAUCGUUUAAUACCGCGCAAAUAAAAGAAAAAAAAUCUCUUCCUAUGGGAACGUAAUUUAUUUUAUAGCGACAAGUACUACCGAAAGAAUCUGCGUAAUAUUUUAUUAGGUUUUAUACUGAAUAUUGGGAAAAUUCGUACACCUCGUAUAAUAAUAUUACAUCUAGUCGAAUGGAAAUAUUCGGGUCUCCGUAUCGUUUCAGAUAUCGGUCUUGACAACUAACCGUAGUUAAUCACACACGUGUUUUGAUUGUAACUUAAAUGGGUUUAUAUGGUGACGAUAGUAAAAAAUUUUAAAAAAACUCUUCGCGGUUAAUAUGGUUUUAAGUACGAAUUAAAAAAAAAUAUAUAUAAAUAUAUAUAUAUCGACCAUCAGUAGAUUUGUGCGAAACGUAGUUGUGAAACAUUUUCAUUAAAAAUAAAUAGUGCGAAUAAUAUCGAAGAAAGUUCCCUCGUAGACGAUCACGAAAAAUAUAUUGAAACCACGCUAGACUCUGGAUAAACAAGCAUUAUAAUAAAUUCAUUGAAAUCAUUUCGUGUAUGUUAUCUGUAGACCAAUAGACCUAUAGACCAGAUGUGGCCUUUUAAUAGAGAUCUACUAAGAAUAAAUAGAUAUAUAUUUUUUUUUUCAAUGAUCGAUUUCCAUAAAAUACUGUAUAAUUAUUAUUAAAUAAUGCUUUUCAUCACACUUGAAUUUAGUUGACUCUAGUACAAUAUGAAUUAUUAUAAAUUAAAUUUAUCAGACGACAGACAUAACAUUGCCAGCAUAAAUAUUGUUGAAUAAUACUUGAUAAACAGACAGCAAUUAAUAUAAUAUUCAAAUUAUCGGCGUUUUUUAUUUUUCUAUUUCUUGUACGAAAAUUAAUUUCUAACUAAGAGAGAUCGACAUUGAAAUCGACCGUUUGGCCGUUUCAGUUAUCCAGACUAUCCGGGAACCAACUCGUAGACAUCUCUACCGAAUAGUCACUAUCAAACAGUUCGACAGUCGAAAAUUGAUUAGGUUAUUCAGGAAUUUCGAUCGUCUAAAAACUAUUUGGCAGAUGUAAAAUAUAGAAGAUACCUAUUCGGUUAUUACUAUAUUCGGCGAGUAUAAUUUUUAUCGAUUAUUGGUUAUUUUUACUUAAUGUGAUUAUGAGUGCCAAGCUAAGUGUCAUUAAACGUCUAGGGUAUUUUUUUUUUCUUUGCAAAUCAUUUUAUUUCGUUGCAAACAAGGAGUAAACAAUUAUUAUCACUAAAAGGUUAUGUACGAGCACGACUAUACAUAUUUACUACAACCAAGCAAAGAUAAAACUGUUAAAAGCAGUGAACAGUAUAUAACAAUUGUUAUUAGCGACACGGUGUCUGAUAAAAACUAUUCGACAGUCGAUACUACUACCGACUGUUCGAUAGUUUGAGUACGAUAUAUUUCAAACUGUUCGACUGCAUCGACUAUAUAAUCAGUGGCGUAGCAAGCGGGUAGGUCUGGUAACCAUGGGCCUAUCCACUUUUCUCCAAAAAUUAACACAAUUUUAAAAUCAAAAAUUUGUAUUGGUAGUCUUUUUUAUUCAAACAUUUAUAUUAUUUUAUCUGGCCUACUCAGAAAAUUAUUACAAUAGCUACGUCUCUGUAUACGGUAGUUUCCAUCAUUAGAAUAUUCAGGAACGAACACAAUAAUAUAAUGAUAUACCUAUGUUUUUAUUAUUAUAACGAGCACCGUCGUCAUCGUUGUCGUCAUCGAAAUCGCUUUCACCGCAUGCGGUCGUCUCCGUUUGCCUUUUCGUUUUGCGAAAUUAUAACAUGAGACUUUGAUACCGACGAUGAAAACGGUUAUUCGUGCAGCCCGGUGGUUAUAGCAGUAAAAACUAAAAAGUACAGUAUCGGUCCGUUUUUUCCCUGUUGUCGACCACCAGCUGUGGAUCAUUAUUAUUGAUGGCUUCCCGAUAUAAUAUUAUUAUAUACAUUGUUGACGCAACGCGCUCGCGAUAUCAUAUCGUGUCUCACGAUUCGACCCAUAUUUUCGCAUAAUAUAAUAUAAAGACAAAAGAGUGCAUAGAUUUUUUUUUAUAUCGUUAUUUUAUUAGCAUGGUCGGUAUUGUCUACAUAAAAAGAAAAAAACCGUUUUUGCCGUUCCGGUCUCGGCGUUAUUAUGAUUCACCGAGUCGUGUACGUUAUUAUUUAUUAUUAUAAAAUAUGGACGCGUAUAUCAUUACCGCGUAGUAACGUCGCAUUUACAUAAUAGAAUUUCGUUAUUGGCGAUCAUUUCGCAUGUGUUUGAUAAUAAUUACGACACGUGGAUAUAUUUAUCGUAACAUUUGCGUAUUUGUAAAUAUUAUAGGUAAAUAAUCGUUUAUCAAGAAUUCAAUCUAUUUACGGUAAGGGUAUACCCAAUUGUCAGAAAAAUGAUAAAGUAUUAGGGGUUAUCAACAUUUUCAAAUGCAUUUUUUCAUAAUUCUAUAGUUUUGUCUGAUCGAAAAAAUAGCUUUUUUUCAUUAUUUUAGGACUUAUAAUUUUUUUUUAAUUUACCUAGUUUAAAAAGAUUAGUUUUGGCGUGAAUUCAAAUGUGUCUUACCAAACAUGGGGUAUACUAAGAUUACCAUACUGAUAAGGACGUGUUAAUAACGUUAUCAAUCGGAGAUGCAUGAUAAGACGUGAUUUCAGUCACAGUGGUAACCCACUACAGAGUCCUGCUUGUUGAUUUUUACAAACUUUUAACAAUCGUUAAUAAAAGUGUUAACAGUUCUUAUCAAACAAUUCGAUUACUUUAAAUUUGUAUUCUAGGAGCCUGCGUACUUUUUUUUUAUAAAGAGGCUAACAUUUUACAGGGCACAUUGAACUUUAAUUUUUGAUGCUGCAACCAAAAUCCACAAACAAAUUUUAAAAAAUAGUAAAAAUUGAUCAUACUCAAACUCUAAUUACAACAGUAAGAAAUAUAAUUUUAAAAAUUCAAUUUCAAUGCAUUACGUAAGAAACCUUCAUCUUUCCAACGAAAAAAAAAUAUCGAAAACGGCCCAUUCGACCGGGCAGGAAAAUUAAUCCUGUAAAGCAUGUUAGACAAAACAAUAAGCUGUGCGUAAUUCCCUUAAUCAGUGAUCAAAUCAAAUACUAUAUAAUUCUGCUCAAAAAACCUGACAACUCUUGUGUUUAACAAAACUAUGGUAAAAAAAACAAACAAGAUAACUCAAGAUAACAUUUUAGACUAUAACUUAUAAAAUGUUUUCGUCUUGAAGAAACGGUAUAAAUUAAAUCAAGUAUAAAGUUAAACUUUUUUUUGUCUUGAUCUAUUGUAGCUAAAUUAAUUUUGAUAUUAAGGACAGACCAAGGUGGCCGAUCCCGAAUUGAUUAAAAGAGAAGCGAAAAGAAAUAAUAUAAAAGAAUUUGGUAAUCACUGAGGAAAUUCAUAUUUUAUAAUCAGUGUAUCACAGUGUUCUCUAAGAGAUAUCUAAUUUUCUCAUUUAUAAAAGAAAACUCGCUCGACUCGCGAUCUUUAAAUCGCCCGUCAAAAGAAAUCUUCAAUAUUUGUAGAUAACUCAGUCGUUAUUGUUGUCGAUUUGCUAUUGAACUGUUUCAGUUGGGCUUUCACAGACAUUUGUCAGAAUACGAGUUUGUAGUACGAGUAUACUGACUUCGACUCAUUUUGUUAACUAUCUAAGCCUGAAAUAUACAAUCAAGUUAUCGUUUAAUACUAUACAUACUACUUAUAUUGCGUUACACCUAUAGGUAUAGUCAUGUCAGAUGUUCAACUUUCAAACAUUCAUGUAGUCAAAAUCGUUCAAUAACAAGGAAACGUCGCGGUCGUGGCGAGAGAAAAGUAUUAAUAAUUAACAUUGAAAUAGUCGCAGCCGAGAACUCAGCUAUCAUAUUAUUAUCAUUAAUUAAACAGUGUACGGUCUUGUCUCCAACUGCGGUAUACAAUAUUAAUAAAAAGUUAAUAUAAAUUACAUAGUAAUAAAAUAUCAAUUCUUUGUCCAAGGCUAGCGAGCAGUCGCUAUGUAGUAAAAAAUCGUGUCGCGUUAACCUGUAGGUCAUAAUACAUAAAAGACAGUUGCGUGUAUCAUAAAGAUGUAUAAUAGGUAAUUAUCAUUAAACACUAUAUCUAGCUAUGUUAUGUACUGUGGUUCCGGGCCGUUGCGUUUUUUAAGAAUUUCCGAAAAAAAAAAAAAAAAAAAAAAAAAAACAGUCGCAUGGAAGAAAGAAUGGGUUUCCGGAACCCAUCGUCGUGUCUUCGAGCGAACAAUAAGCCAGAGUUUUGAAGCGAGUGUUUCAUUUUUGUCUACUAGCGUGAGAAUGGAAGUAAAUUAUGUACAAAAAAAAAAAAAAAAACCAUAAUAAUAAUAACAAUAAUAAUAACCAACACAUUAGUUUUGCUUGUAUGUGCCCCUCGUUUACUUGUGAAUAUGAUUAGGGUGCAGUGCGUCUGUGUGUGUGUGUGUGUGCGAUAAUGAAGGUUUUAAACUAGAGAGAGACUUUCAAAAGAACAAGAAUUGGUUUAGACGUCACACCAUUUACGUUACCAACACGAGUGAGAAAAUACGUUCGACUACACCUACAAAUAACGAUUUCUACAUGCAAACAGGCAAAAGCUAUUAUAGAUAUUACGAUUUUCCGUCUAUUUUAAAAAUACGAUACCAAACUACCGUACAAACUUCAAUAUUUUUGUUGUUUCCGUGUAUAACGGAAUAGGUAAGACUAGGUUUCUCUUCUCUCGGAAAAUACUUUUUCGGAGGUAGAAAACUUUUUUUUUAUACAUUCUUAAAUGAUAUGCGAAUGGAUUUUCCGCCUGUUGGUUUAUUUAUUUGAAAUAUUUUUCUAUAGAUUCCCAAUAGUAAUUCUAAAAAUAUAAAUAAAAAAAACUGAACACAAUAAAAUUUUUGUUGAUUUUUGAAUCAACUUGCAGUGGGUAACGCGAUCGAUACUUAUUUCAGAAUCGCUUUUUUUUUUAUUGCAAUGAUUUAUCUUUUCAUUCGGUACCCGUAUAAUAACUAAAUUAUAUACCCUACGUCGUCCUAUAUUGGCUAUAUCGGCUAUUAUAUUCAAUUGCCCGCCCACAACAAUGACCUACGUCGGUCGGUUUUUUUCGCGUAAUUUCAUCAUACCCUCCAUUUGUACUAAAAUGAAAAAAUAAUUGUAUUCAAGUGUAUAUAUUCUACAAAAAACAAUACAUUGUAUUAUACGUUAGUAUAGUGCGACGCGUAUAAUUUGUAUAUAAAGGUCGAUAAAACGGUUUUUUGUGCACUGUAAAAUGUCAAUAACAUGUUAUAAUAAUAAUACGUAAAUACUAAAUACACUAUAAUUAUAUAAUGUAUUACACGUGCGAAAAACGGGCGAAUUAUAUUAUUCUUCUAUGACACAAUGGACUUUUUUUCCCCGUGUGUUUUUGACGGUUUCGUUGUUCGGUUUCUAAAUCGGGACUGGGGGUAACGCGGCUUUAUAGGUACUACUUAUUAUAAUUUUAAAAAAUCCGCAACACGUGGAUUAUUAUAAUUAUUUAUUAUUAUUAUUAUUAUCAUUUCCGACGAACAGAGUGGCCGCGUGCGCAGCGCUGUUUAUAUAUUUGUCACGGUGUCGUUAAAAAAAACCUGUGUAAAUAAUUCUUUGUGCUGAAAUGUUCAACGCAUUUUACGAGUGUAUAAAAUAUACAAACGUUGUGCAACGUCUUUCGACGACGCCGUCCCGUCGGUCACCGAAAACAGUAUACCAGUGUGCAUUUGAAAAAUAUUUAAUUUAUCAUUAAAAAAUCGUCCUCUUAAAAAUAUCAUCGGUCACUAGAAAUUCCGCAAAAGUCAAUCGAAUUAAAAUAUAAGUAUAAUAUACCGUUUACCUACGCUUGAAAAUAACUGUUUAGUCAAAAAUUAUUUUACUAUUAUAAAUUUAUAAUAAAUCUAAGUAAACGUCACAGUUAUAGUAAAAAAAGUUAUUAUUUUUCACGCCUUAAAGGAUGUAGAUUUUUCGCUUGACAGUACUUUAUAAGACGAAUAUUUCGAAAUUCUCUACGUUUUUUCCGAAAAAAUUUUUUUUGCUGGUUAUUUUAAAACACUUUUUCGGUCAGUAAAAAUGUUCCGAUUUUUCACGUCGUGCUUUAAAACAUGCGAAAUAUCCGAUCAGUGUGAUUUUAUUUGAAACAUAUCGACAUUUUAGAAAUGUUACUCCGCGUUUUGUUGAUUUCUGAGUUACCUUUUCAACAAAAGAAAAACAUGACUGAUACUACUCUGCUCAGAACCGUUUUCCGUUUGCAUUAUUUUAACGUUACUAACUAAAUCACUAAUUACUUUGUAUUUAUAAUACUUUUCCAAUCUGUCACUACUGUAGCAUACCCAUAGUAUGAAGUAUGUACAAUUUUUUUUUUUUUAAUUAGGAGUUAUUAAUAAAGUGAAAACAAUAAGAAUUAGGUAACGAUGAUGAAUAAACGUCAAAAAAAAUAUACGGUUUUCAUCAUAAAACAGUAAACACUGGUUCGUUUAAAAAAUGUUAAAAAUAUGGGCCGAACCAAAAACUGCAUAUUUGUCUCGUGGUACAAGUGCUGUUUACAUUAGGAUUUUAAAAAUACUAUACUUAAGUAAAUGUUUUUUUUUUCGUCGAGCGUUUGGUCACGGUUUUAUUUUAUAAUAUUUUUGUAUUUUGUCAACACGUCCGGCAAUUAUUUUUUCAAGUGCGCCAAUGCCCACGAGAAAAAAAAAGUACUUCCAUUUCUAAGUAUACAUACGUAAGUCGCGUGACUAACGUAAUCAUAUAAUAGUGAUGGCAUAGACACGAGUUAAUUUUAUUAAACAAUUCGGCGCGUUCUAGAAUUUCAGACGAGAAUGCCGGCUUUAAAGUCUAUAUAGAAGCAUUUCGUGUCCACAAACGUAAUUCCGAUUUAUUUUAAUUUUGUUUAUACGCUUUUUAAAAUUUUAUUGGCUCCGGAACACGGUCUCCGUUAUUUAUAAAAAAAAAAACCUGUAGGCCAUUUUUCUUUGAGGUUUAUAGACAUUCAGCUCCCCCCCCCCCCGUCUCAAAAAAAUAUUACAUAAUAUUUACUGAGAAAAUUUCCUCGUAUUUUGUACACGUUUCAAUGAUGAUUUUAUGGAGGGGACGAUUCUACUACCGACCCUUUGGGCCGUGACUUUUUACGCGAAUCGCGAUUAUUGUUUAUCAUAUACACACCCCGUAUCCCGUUGAAAAUUCCCGGACACUCCAUCACUAUCUCUGAUAAUAAUCAAAAAAAUAAUACGCGUGUAUUGGCAGUAAUCCUGAUGUCUCUCGGACGUGUCCGUAGACGAGACGAAAUUCGGUUUUCGCCGGCCGGCCCGUACGAUGUGCGCUUAUAUACGCUUUUAGCUCGGAGCCGUUGAAAUAAAAGCGUGUAUCGUAUAGAGUUUAGUGUUUUAUACACUUUGUAUGUGUGUGUAUAUAUAUAUAUAUAUUUAUGUAUAAAAAAAAUAUACUACGCACGCAUAGGUCAUCCGUCGGUUUUAUAAAUAGCUGACGCGCGCGAUAUGCUCGUAUACGGCUUCCGGGACCUGCGCGCCAGGAACACGAACGAGAGAGGGACGCGAUAUUAUUAUAGAAAAAAAAAAAAAAACUAAAUAAUAUUAUUAUUGUCGCUUCGGAGUCUGCAGAAGAAUAUUCGUAUUUAUUCGAAUCUCGCGCGCGCGCGCGCGUGUGUGUGUAUAUCGUAUAAUAUUGAUAUUAGUAUUAACGCGAAUCUUCAUUGAUUUGGCGAAUCAAUACGGGUUUUAUAAGUAUACCAUAACUCUUCGGAACUAACAAAAUAUCAGUACGGGAAUACUCGAAUAACUCCUCGACAAACCCACGAGAGGAUCACAAAAUAAUAUACCAUUUUGAAAAUUACAAAUUUAAAACCGAUAAUCCUAACAGCGACCGACGUAUUAACCGGGAAACAAUAAUUUUUACAUAAUCUGUAACUAUCUCUCGACUGUCUUUUAGUACCUACUACAAUAUCUACUUGUACAUAGUGGGAUUUAUUACAAAAAUUGAAUUACGUAUAUUGCAUAACCGACGGCCAUUUAUCAAAUAUCGAUACCGAAAAUGUUGAUUUUACAUAACAAUAUCGAUUCCGAAUUUAUCAAUAUUAUUCGAAAGAUCUUUCCUAUUAAUUCCCUAUAGUUUAUAAUUACGUUUUACAUCGAUUUUAAACGAACUAUGAAUACGUAAUGUGAUGUUUUUUACGUAAAAAAAAAUAAUUUCGAAUAUUGUUUGUUUUCGGAGAUUUUGAGAAUUCCUCCUAACUGCAGCGUGUAAACGCGUCGGGCGAUACAAAUAAUAAUAUUAUUAUUAUUCUUCGUACAUGAAAAAUUAUGAUAAUAUUUUCAUUAUUAUCAUACCGAGUUUUGAGCAGAACUCGCGACGUUUUACUCGAUUAGUCAACAAAGUAAAAAUAUAAAAAUCACAUUCGUGCGUUAGGAAUUUUUUUCUUUAGGUACUUCGUGAAAACUCGUAGGCGGUUCUUCUGUCACGUCGUGUCGUGUACCAUCCAUCACAAACUAUAAAGUCGGGUGUUUUAUAAUAACGGAAAUAGAAAAGCAUAACGGGAAGAUAUCCUUCUGCUUAAAAUAGAAACGACUACAGUCAGAAAAUAAACGUUUUUUUUUAAUUAGGUACCUUUGUAUCGUAGUUAUUUUACAGAUCGUCUACUCUCGACAAUUCGACGUUUUGAAUUACCUACGAACAUCUUUGAAUUUCCGAGUGUUCGAAUAACUUGCUAUGUGGUUCAAAUCGCUGCGAGGGCAAACAAUCGUCUUCUUCUUUUUCUUGCUUUUAUCCCGGUUAUUUGGAGUCGGACACUCUCGUCCUAAACUUCCACAAACUUCAAAUUGACCCGUUUGUUCCAUUUAAAUAGGUAUACUAAAAAUCAUAGGCUCAACCAUGUAAAAAAGUAACGACCUAAACGAUUUGUUAUGACGUAUACGAAUUAUCGCGAUUUAGUGAGACGUGAUUAUAUCACUGAUUUACUAUACGUUUUGACAGUGUUUGGUUAAACCGCAAACACGACUUCAUGAUUUUAUGAUUGUUCCUGGCUUGUAUUCAUCCAACGAAAAGUAUCAAUGAUUUUGGCAAAAAUGAGGAAACACUUGGAAACACUUAGUCUCUUAAAAAUAAUAUGUUUACACUUUCGGCUUAAACGUUGGUUUAUCUUUUCGCGUCGUACAGUAUGUUUACAUUUCGUACAACAAAUUUCAUUUUUACUUUUUAAACACGUAACCCGUUCACUUUGAAAAAAAAAGUAUCUACUCGCAACGAAACAAUAACAUACCUUCCGAGAAACAUAUAGUUCACCGCUCGUAUCCACCGUAAUAACUCCUCUACCGGCUAGGCCAUAUAAUAUUAUUCGUGCACAUAAACACAAUUCCCAUUAUAGCGCAUCGUCGUACAGUAAUCGCAGUGUAAUAUUAUUAUAAUCCGAAAGCCGAAACCUGUUUUAGCCACGGUGCCUAUAUAUAUAAAAAAUACAAAAUUUUAUUGUAUCGCCGCCGCCGUCGUUAAAGGCGAUUUCUUCGACAUUCCUCCCAUCAGCCGCCGUCACAAUCGUCUUCUUUUUGACCGAAUACGGUGCGCGAACGGCUGUGCGUGUUGCACUUUCGCCGAGCCGUGUUACGCCGAAUGCGCGAACGUAAAAAACGAUAAGUCAUUUCACAUAAGUAAUGACCACGAGGUAGUAGGCAUUGCAAUCGCAGUAAACAUGUCCCUUUUCCCGUGUAAUAUACAGGGCGAUGUGUAAGACAAAAAUUAUGUUUUUAAUUCGUUUUUUAGAAAAUUUAAGAAAUAAAUAUUUCUGAAAUAGUAGACAUAAAUAUUAUUUUUUGUCACUCUUGAUUUAGUGGACGUAACCGCUUGGUAUAUUUAAUAUCUACUUUUUAUUUUCAAAUAGUAACCUAUUUUAUAAAAAAAAAAAAAAUCCAUAAAUUGAUGAAGGUUCAAUUUAAAUAAGUUUUGUACAAUUUUAAUUUCCGUCAACCCGUUGUCGAGUGGUCGAGGUAUAAUAUUCCAUUAUUAAGUUUACCGUUUUGUCGAUAGGGGAAGAGUAGCGGAACAUUAUUCGAACCCCGCGCGCCGGGCCGUUACACGAAUGAUACCCCGCUAUUCUUUCACUGCCCAAACUUAAAACAGAUUGACGGUCAAUAAAAAUGCCAACACCAAAAUUUAACUGGUAAUAAAAUACUUUCCGAGUUAAGGAGUGCCUUGGGUUAAUGAUGAUCGCUAUGUAUAUUCGCUAUUCCAAAAUCAUCGGUCUACUAUCGCGUAUUAAUCCGUUACCAAUAUGGCAAUCUGUACUAUUGUUACCAAUAACGAUAUUACAACUGGCGUACCUACGCAUACUCGUUAGAUAAGGUAUUAAAGUCUUCGCGGCGAGCCGGACGAAUGUCUUGCGGUUUUUUUCGGCGAUCUAAUCGAUUUUUUUUUAUUGUAAUUAAUUUAUAUGUAAUUCGUGAAUAGAAUAUUGGAAAUUUCACCAACGACGUUGUCGGUUCACAAUAAUACCGUUUAGUAAACCGAUCGAUGAAAUGUGCAAUUACUGCACUUGUACAAUAUAAUCAUAAUAUUAUGUGCCUAUACUUUUAUAAUAUAUACGACUAGGUAUUUGGUACUAGAAUAUAGUUAUAAUAUUUUAUUUGCCGCAAAAAUAGUUUGCCUAACCCACUGAAUCACAAUUUCGAUAAAAUAUUUUAGCAGAGAGAUUUGAUUUUACAUCGUCCUGAAGUUGAACCGAAAAUCAAGCGUCGACCGCCGUUUAGUUAUUGAAUUCUGGGGGAAAAAUUAACUUAUAUUAUAUUCGUGUCUUCGGGAUACAAAGCUAUAUUUCUGUCAAAUGUCAUCGGUUUAGCGAUUAAGCUGUAAAACUAACGAAACAAACGCAUUUUCUCAUUUAUAAUACUAGUGGUUUAUUAUCGCGCCAACCAUAAGUAAACAUGUAGGCUUUGGUAUUUAUAUAAAUAUAUUAUUUUUAAUAAGAUAAUAGUGAUAGUUUAAAUAGUUUACGUCAUAUUAUAUAAGUUUAGCGGUUAAUUUUACUUUGUUUAGCUGUAUACUUUGGUACCUAUACCAGUUUAAAAUUAACUUUAUCGUCGUCGUUGAUACUUAAUUAAUAAAAUAUACUUUCCAUCAUUAGAUAUACCGACAAAAAUAUCAACCGGGACUUAAUAUUAAUUACGUAUUAGUUAUUUUUUUGAUAUUUUAUAUUGCUAGGCUAUAGGUAACUGUUAUAGCACGUAUAACUCGUAUGAUAAUUAUUCAUGUUUCUAUAUUCUCAUAGUAUUGUUUGAAUCUAACGUAUGUUUUAGUUAAUUUCUUUUUUUCUUAUAUAAUUAUUUUAAUUUCCCUUAAAUAUUUUACAACGUAUAGAAGUGUAGUACCUACCAUAUAAUAAUUAUAUCUAAUUCCAUUAUAAUUUAGGUACAGCGUUGUUUUCUUUGAAUAAUAUAAAAUAACAUAUUAUAUUAUUUUAUUGUGUCGAUCAUUCGUUUUAAUCAUUUUCAUACGCGUAGUACAAUGGCGUUUUUAUUUUCUCACAAUUUUAAUUUUCGAAUAAACAACACAACUCGACGUUUUCGUUUACAAUAAAAAAAGGAAAAAAAGAAAAGCAGAUUACCUAUUACUGCUUUCGCUGCUGCCGAACAAGUGUAUAGGUACAUACGAACAACCUUGAAAGUCCUUCACUUAUACAUCUGCAGUAAUAAUCGAUACCGACAAAAUUAUACAUCCGGUAUAAUAUAUUGUGUCAGAAAGUAGAUCAACGGUAUAUGUUAUAAUAAUAAUAUUUUCUAUUAGUCGUUUGAUUCUGUAUUGUUUUCCGUAAUUUUUUUUUUGUUUUUACAUUCUGAACGUAACGAGAAACGUAUUGGUUUUAUACUGUUUUUCUUCUUUCUUUCUUUUUAUGUCUGUAAACAACUUUUCUAUCAGAAAUCUUACUCCGACUAAAAACUUUAUAGGAAUUGUUUUGUGAAAUUGUUGAUCUAGUUGCUGCAUUGAGGAGAUCGUUUUUUUGAUUUUUCUCGUAGUCUUCUUAAUAAAUAAGAAAAACGUACUAUUAAAACAAAUUACUUUAUAUAUAUACCCUUAAUAACUGUCCUAUUAAAACAUUGGCAACACCCAUUAGCAGUAUCGGUUUUUUUGUCGUGUGUAUAUAACAUACUGACUCCGCUUUUUACAAUAUAAUUUAAAAACAAACGUUAUUCGGAUGAAACAAUCAAAUAAAUACCCCAAAAAUUGUAUUUCAACAAUUUCAAAAAGUAAAGUUAUCUAUAGUUAAAAAUUAUUUUUCUGAAAUCUUCGAUAUUAUUGCUGCAAUAAAUAUUAUAUUUGUUCAGAGCUUGUAUAGUAUAAUAUACGAAUAACUAAUUCGAUAUUAUGUAUUAUUAAAAUAUCAACAAAAUACAUAAUUUAUGUGUUUGAGUGUUUUAUAUUUCAAAAUAUAUAUUAUGAGUUAAAAUGUUCGUUACACAUAUAGAUAAACAAAAUAUUUGUACGCUAAUUUUUGUAGUAUUUACCUAAUACUUAACAAAACUUAUGUGACGUUAAAAUUUAAGUACUAUCAACAAUAUAGGUAGAGAAUAUAGAUGAGAAAAGGUACUUAUAGAUUUUAGAUUAUUACUAUCGCGUAUAUAGGAAAUAGGAAUAAUAAACAAUUGUUGAAAACUAACCUCACAUUUACUUUAAAAAAAAAAUAAAAUAAAAAAUCGAUCACGUUUUUCGUAUACCUAUGUCUAUACCGACUGCGUAUUUACAGACCCUAUCAAAGUUCGAUCCAAACGGUAUAUUAACUGGAAGGUUUUCAUCGACCAGGUUGUAGCUUUUGGGUUUACAUUUUGGAAAUUAAUUUCUUAUGGAACAUUAUCUGGUUUGGUCCAAUAAGUUGGUAAUAUUUUAUAAAUUUCCCAAAACUUCUUACAACUCCAGAAACCAAUUCUAUUACGAUUCGGCUUCGGACGUACUCUAACAUGAUCUGUAAAUACGAAUACCGGCUAUACCUAACUAUAUAGAGUUCACUCCACUGCAGAAUUAUUACUAAUAUAACUAAUAUUGCGCAUCUAAUAAAAAUAAAAACAUGUUAAUAUUUUACAUAUAAAUAGGUAGGUUUUGUUUUAUGUUAAUUAUGUUUAUAUUUAUUUAUUUUUUUUGCAAAAAUAAUAAUAUAGGUACUAUCAAUGUUUUGACGUUGAAUAAUAAAAAAAAAUAUAUAUAAGUAUAUUGUUUAUAGUUGUUGGGUUUUUUUUCUACAUUUCUUAAUAAAACGUCUUUGAAUGAUGAUUGGCAGUAAAAUAAAUUAUAUUAUAUCUCUGUGAUGUUUAUUUCCUUUAUACAAUAAAAAAAAAUUAUGAACUCUGUUAUGACGUUAUACCAAUGUUUUAAAAUUAAAAUUUUUUUUACAAACAAAUAAAAAUGUUUUUUACUUAAUUUGAAAGUCGAGUGUUAAAUUGAUUAUUAUAAUAUAUUGGUUAUUUGUGUCAGUAUAUUUUAUAUGUACAAAUACGUGCUAAAACGUUAAAAACAAAAAUAACGAUUCGUAUAUAUAUAUAUAUAUGUAAAACUAAAACCAUACAGUGUAUAGUUUACUAAAAUAGUAAACUGUGAUAUGUAUAGGAAUUUUCAAUAGGAGGAGACGUAUAGUGAUUAAAAAUAUAAAUGACGAAUAAAUCGUAGAUUUUUAUAUAUUAAGUUAUGCAUAAACCGACAAUGAAAAACAAGCCAAUUUGUAUAGGAUUUCCAAUUCGGCGAUUUUUUUCACAUAUACAGUACAUUAUGUUGCAUACGGGAAAAAUGAAAAAACCAUCGAAAUUCGUAAUUUUUUCUAAUUCUCAAUGUUUAAAUUAUUCAUCUUAACUUUUUCUCUCGGGUAACUGCAGCAUUUUAUAUAUCCAGACAUAAUUAUUAUAAUCUAUUUACUUGCAAUCAAUCAAAAGUUCAAACGCUAUUUAAACACUCCGUUAUGGCAUAUGUGUAUUAUAAUAUUAUUGUGUUUUACACGCAUUAAAACUUUAUGUUUUACAAAGUUUUUACGUUUUUUUAUAAUUGUUUUUAUAUAUUUAUUGCUACGAUUAUGCGUUUAUAUUACGUACACUGCAAGUUUAAACGAAUUCUCUGGAUGAAAUUAUAAUAAUCAUAAUUAAUGGUAAUCCAUCGUAUAUUUCAUAUGUACGAGUAUAUAUAUGUCGUAUAUGAAAAAAAAUAAAAAAUAAAUUGUUUUUAGUUUUUUUCCUCGAAAUUAAUUAGUGUGGAAUAAACAUACUUUGGACCGAGCUCAAGAUUUUACAGUUUUACCCGCUGUCGCACGGUACACCUAUAAAAUAUAAUAAUAACGCGUACGCGUAAAAUAUGCAUAAGAUGAAAAAUGAUUUUGACAUAAGAAAAAAUAAACGCUCGUUAGAAAAGCCUUGAACGUUCGUAAACGCCGAUGUGUCGGUAGGUACAUAAAAUACGAGUGUAUAUUAUAACAUGACGAGGCCCGAGAUGAGAACACAAAGAACAAGAACCGAAAACGCACACUCCAUAAUAAUAUCAACCAAUAUAUUAUUAUACAUACGUACAAUAUUAUCACGAUAUAACACGGGUCGUACGAAAAUAAUAAAAUAAUGGUAUAUCAUUAUAAGAGGACGCAUGUGUGCUGUCUCAUCAGUCCAACUAAAGGGCGAUGUAGCAAAUUCUACCUUACGCGAUCUGCGUAGAACUCGUUUAAUAUUGGUUCUAGAGUAAAAGCAUCGAUUCUAAAAUCAAAACAGGACAAUAUUCCGGAGGGCAAGAGUGCAAGACGAUGCAUUAAUUUUAGAUUCUGAGCGGAGCUAGGAAUCUAUUGGUUUUACAAUGGUUAUUUUGUUUUAUGUGAACACUUUUUUAAAAACUUUCUUUUUUUUAACCAUCAAAUUUACUCCGAUUAUCAAUUAUAGCACUUUUUCUGAAAGGAAAUGUUCUCUGGGUGGUACUAUAAACAGUUCACUUUUUGAAAUUCUCAUUAAUAUUCGAGAUAAUGAGGGAAACCUGGUUUUUUAGGUUAAACAACAUUGAAAGAUUAAAAAUAAGGUUCUCAUUGGAAACCAUUUUUAUUUAUUUUUUGUUAUUUUAAUCUUUUUUGAAACAAUCAUCGUUGUCAUGGAAACGCAAAUUGUACUCAUUUUUCUAUAAUAUGACACAUACUAUAUUGUUGACAAAGCAUCACUAUUAUCAACUGAACUCUGUUUAGAAUCGUUUUUUCGUUAACAAUGGUUUAUCGUUUCUUACAGAUAUACAUUAAAUUUCCGUCUGUAUCCUAUCUUCCCAACUUUAACAAUGGUUGCACCCACGUGCGAAGUAUGUCCGUCUUUUUUUUUUUUAAUUCAUUUUAUAAUAUGAUGUCACAGUCAUUUAAAAACGAUGUAUUAGGUUUUAUUCUUAAACGAUGCAUUGAAUGUUAUAACCGAAAUAAUAAUUAGAAUAAUAGGAAAAGCACAUCGUUUGCCCUCCUAAAUACUGUCUUCUUUUAAUUUUAUUGUACUUGCUUUUAAUCUGAAACCAAAAUUAUGCGAGUUCUACGCAGAUUGCGUAAGGUAGAUUUUGCUAUAUGACCCGUUAGCUGGACUGAGACAGCACAUCAUGCGGGUAUAGCGUCCUCUUAACAUUUUGCGGCUUUAAAACAUACUUACGCAGACGACACAGAAGACAGAACUCGCUUAAUUUUGGUUCUACGAUAAAAGUAACUAUUAAAAAACGAAUAGAAGACAAUAUUCUGGAGGGCAAGACGAUGCGUUUUUUUCCAUUUUUCCUAGUAUAACGCCUCGAUUUACCGCCUAGAAAUAACGAUUAUUUUAACAUUUUUAUAUUACUGCAACUUUAAAAAAAUGAAUUACCUAUUUAAAAAAAAAACUCAUCGUUUUGCUUUCCGGAAUUUGUCUUCUUUGAGUUUCAUAAGAGAUGAUUUAAAUCUCUGAAACCAGAACUAAGCAAGUUCUGUGUCGACUGCGUGGACGUGUUUUCAACACUGAAAAUCGCCGGUAUAACGUCAUCUUUAAAUUUUUAGCACGUGAAUUUCGUUUACGCUUUUAACUAACAUUUUUCUUUUUAUAUAAUAUAUCGUAUGGUGCAGAUUGUAGGUUGGUACCUAUGUUAUGAAACUAUUAGAAUUGAUAUAUUAACAAAAGUCGAUAUUUUUUAUACCCACUUUAUUUUCACUUUUUUCGAAUUCUUUAUCGAAUAAGAGUUAUACCCCUCGUAACCCGUAUAGUGUACACACACAAUAUAUGACUAUAUAAUUGAUAAUAGUUGUAGGUUAGGCGGUGUUUGCGAAUACCGCCUAAUUAUGUACAGGUAUUAGGCACCUACCUACUUAUAUAGGCAUUCAUUUAUUACAUAGUUUCUGAUAUAUGGGUAAUAAAAGUACAAUACGCAUUUGCUCAUUGGUAUUUAUUUCAUUACGCAGAUACUUACUUAUUAAAUAUUUAUUUUACGUAAUAAUAAUAAUACGUUCAAUACGUUUGUCAUUUUUAUAUAUAGAUACCUAUAUUUACGUACGCUUAUUAGAUAGGAAUUAAUACAGUAGGUAGGUAUAAUAUCGUAUACCUAUAGUUAUUUUAUAAUAUUUCCUCGUCGGUCGUUGUGUAAACGAUCAGAAACAUUCAGAUUUUAAUAAUUAUUUUAACUUCAACAAUCGCGAUUCAAAUUAUACAUCGAAGACGAAUACUUUUGUGAUGAAAAUCUACCUCCUUUAACGUCGCCAACACAACCAUAACGGACACUUAUGGCAUAAUACAAACCACAAAUUUGUUGGUAGCUCGUUGGAUUACUUCCCCAAGUUUUGUAAUAAUCCGGAGUUUGUAAUCCGGAUUGUACUGAUCGCCUGGUUACAUUUUGGUCAACCAGGUCAGUAUCUGGUGUUUGGAUUAACCAGGAUUAAGUGAUGCUUAAAUAACUUUAAAUAACUUUCAAUAGGCGUUAUGUUAUAUAUAAAUGAGACAAAUGAUAUUUUUUCCAUAUUCAAACGAUUUAUUUUAUAAUCGAGCUAUACUCUAUCCAAAAAUUUGGCAUAGUAAUCAGUAUAGGAUUUUUUUUGUAACGUUUACGGUUUUCGCACGAAAUGACGUCUUCGUGGCCUUUUAUGCGUUCGCCCCAGCGAAUUGACGGUGGAUUCGAUAUGUGGUUCCCUUUUGAAAAUUUAACAAUUUUCACCUUUUCAACUCCCCCCACCCCUCAACUUCCGUCCACUUUAACUAAAACCGUCACAGGGUCCGGACUCUGUCCUCUACUUAUUGACAUUUUGAGAUCGUUUUCGAGAUUAUCGGUGAAUGCAGAGAAAUCGGAUUUGCAUCAGCUCAUUCCAUUCGAAAUUGUUCCCAUUAUCAUACAAAAUAUUUGAUUUAAACAAUACGAUUGGAGUUUACGUGAUGGGCAUAGUCGAUUGAGCUCUCCGCGAAUCAGCGUAUUCGUUUGAUUAUGGAAUGGGUACUAAAUAUUAUUCGAUAUGUCCUCGAAUUAAAUAUCACUCAACAGCCACUGGUCGUACGAUCAUAUGCUUAUAAACUCGUCUACCCGUUUGACUCGUAAUGCCUAUGCGCGGCGAGAGAGUAUCGAACGACGCGACGGUCGUGCAACUGUUGCGGGAGGUGGGUUAACAUCUCGGGGAAAAUAAAUAAAAACACGGUAAAUUUGAAUGAAGAAGUAGCGGCUGAUAAUACCGGUGUGUAGUGGAGAACAUUACCGUUUGGUAUAAAUUUCGCGGGACUAUUGCGGUCUGCGGACGGUGACGCGGACGGCCGGACACGGCGGAACUAUCAACCGUAUAGUGUAUGCAUACCGCGGUUACCGUAACCGUAGUCGACGACGGAUAUCUACGUGAAAACGCGCGUAGUUCGGUGUACGCGAUAGUAUUAUUUAUUAUUAUUAUUAUUAUUAUUGUAUAGGCAUAAGACACUUUGUUAUAUAUGUAGGUACGUAGGUGUAUAAACAAUAAUAAUAUACGCGAUCUCGACCACCGGUUCGAUUUCUCGUUCGCCGUAGCCCGUCCCCUCCGUUCGCCGCCAGUUAGUGGCGGUUACCGUGGCGUAGUGUUACCUCCUCCCACCGGGUUACCGCCACCGUCAAAUGAUGUCACUUGAUAACAAUUUCCCACUUCUCCGCACGUCACGGUCCUCCAGUCACCUCCGGUAACCCGUCUGAGUGUGAUUACGUAUCGUAUAAUAAUCGUUCGGUUCGCCGCUGUUGCGAAAAAAUUCUUAAACACUCAACGACUACAGUUUCGCACGGACACUCGCGGGCAUCGUACAUUGAUCGUUAGGUGCCGUAGGUAGGUAGCUAACGUUCGGUUUAAAUAUUACAAUAAUAAUACAUGUAUUUUUUGUGUCGCGAGCUCUGAGCCGCCGCCGGUUUAACGGCUGGAUUCCGUGCAUCGAGAGUAUUGAUUUUUUUUUUCCUGGCGCAAGGGUGUGGACGGCCCUUUUGAACGGCUUCCCGCACACCCGUCUGAGUACCUACUAGUACCAGAUCGGGUUCGGGACGUCCGUCUUGCCGGUCGUUUUGCGUAAUACACCCAAAACACAGUUGUUUUUAUCCAUUUGUUUUCCUGUUAACUUUUUUUUUUUUUAAACUUGUUUGUUUUUGUUGCCUCUUUAGACGUCGUCGAAAAAGACCACUACCAUGACGACCGCGCCGGCCAAGCUUUACGGCAAGAACUUGAGCGAGUACGACGACCUCGACGUUGACCAACUGCUGUCUCAGUUGUCACCUGAAGAGAUCAGCAUUUUGGCCAAAGAAGUCGAUCCCGACGUAAGUACCCAUAUUACACCACAGUGCAACAUUAUCAUUUAUACCCGUAUAAUAGUACUUACACCAGUGUCAAAACGUUUGCUCAUUCUAAACUGUUUAUUUGUCAUAAUGAUACAUCCCUUUACAACUUGUCACAAAGUGUGUGUGACGAUAUAAUUUCCUUUAUUGACACCUGCAAUCUGUGACCGUUAUUAAUUACAUUUUCCGUGCCAAAUAAGGUAUAUGUAGGUAUACUUAUUAGAAAAUUAAACGUCUACUUCGCUUUACUUAUGUGUAUGUAUCUAUUUUGAUAAUCAAACAUUUUUAAUUUGAAAAAGUAUAGGUGGUUGAGUAGGAAUUUUCAAAUUGUGAUAAAUAUAUUUGUAAAUAGGUAUAUUAAUUUACCUAUAUACACUUCACUUCUAUUUAGACUUACACAAAUUUUCAAUACAUAUUUUAUUUAUUGAAUGUUUAUAAAUGUACAACUUUCUAUUUUAAGGCUUGCAAAAUAAUUCAGAUUCAUAAUAUACCUAUAUUAUAAUACUUAUAAUUAAAAACUAGAUUUAUGUUCUCUUAUGAUCCACAAAACAGUGCUUUAAAACAUCAAAGAAUCCCUGAAAAAAACACUUACAAAUAUUUAAAAAAGCAAAAAUGAAAAAUGCUUUUAUUCAGUGAUUUUUUAACAUUUAAAACUCCUUUUUGUAGAUUAUAAGAGAGUAUAAAUCCGAUCUCUGCUUAUAAUAUAAUAUAUCCAUCAAUAUGUAUAUGUAACUAGGAUCAUAACUAUAGAUAACUAUAGAUCUAUAAUUUGUUCAAAUUUAAAUUUAAUUUCUGCAAUUGUUUUUUUAGGACAACUUAUUACCACCUUCAGAGCGCUGCAGUUAUGAAUGUAACAAAGAAGCCACCGGACCAUUAAAUAGAAAAAAAUUAAUUGAACAUAUUAACAAACAAGCACUUGAGACGCCGGAUCUUCCAGAACUCAAACCAUAUGUUGCUGGAACUAUCCGAGGAAAAAAAGUAAGAUUCAAUAUGCAUUGUAACUGGAUUAGAAAUAAGUGAACAUUAUUUGUAUUUAUCUUAUAUCUUUUCUAAACUAUCUCCGUCUAUUUUCUCUUAAUUUUUCUGCUAUCAAAUCCAAACCUAAGCUACUUCUUAUGUACUCAACCCUUAUCCUAUCUUCUCUUAACACUCCACUCAUCCACCUAAGUGUUGUCAUCUCUGCUACAUCUCUGUUCUAUUUUUCUGUCUACUGCCUAACAUUCCAAAUCAUAUAAUAUAUAUUCGAGUCUUACAACACUUUUGCAGAACUUAGUUUAAGUGGAAUUUCCUUGUCACAUGAAACACAAAACACCUGAUACUUCUCUCCACUUUAUUCGACCACACGUAAUUCUAUAAUUCAAAUGUUCAUGAAAGCCACCGUUCUUUUGUACAAAGGACCCAGGGUACUUAAAAUUCUUAAUCUCAUAUAUAACUGUUGCUCAAAAAUAUAGUAUUAGUCAUUUAUUAAGUAUAAUUUGUUAGAAAAAAUUAUACAGAUGAUUCCGAGAAAUAAUAUUGUUAAACCUACUCUCCAAUGGUUCUAUACAAAUUUUUUAUUCAAUAUUAUAUUUUAUAUAAUUAAUAAUUCACAUUGAUUCAAUAAAAGAAAUACAUAUUUAUAAAAUAUAAUAAUAGGUUAUAUUAUGUCUAUUUAAUAAAUUUCAAUGUCUUCAAUAUAAACUUAUUAACCUAGUGAGUUACAUAUAAAAUCAAAAAUUGAUUAUAAUUAUUUUCUGUUUUAAAUUUAGUGAGAGAUUUAUUGUGAUAAAAUAGCAAUGUUAAAGAUAAGUUGUACUAGCCUACUAUAAUACAUAAUUAUAAUUGUAAAUUAUAUAGUUUUGGUAAUUUGCCCAUAAAAAUUAUACAUUUAUCCUUCAGCUUUUUAUUGGUAUUUUUGUUUAUUUGAAAAUAUUGUGAAAUUGUUAUGUUUUAUAAACAAAAUUAAUUACCUACACAUUGAAAUGACCUUAGGGAGUUUUUUUGCCUCUUUAAACUGUUAUAUAUUUUUACACAUUGAUUAUACAAUGGUUUUUUAAAUUAAUUUUGCUAUAGUGGAUUGCACCUGAGACUAACGGUAAAACUGAACACGAAGAUAAAAUUGCCAUUGAUAUUGAUGAUGAGUAUGGUGAUGCAUUGGAUGGUGCUUCGCAAGAAGAAAUAAUAGAUUUAGCUGGUACAUAUACUUUUAUAAUAAAUUUAUCUCUAAAAAUAAUAUUUGUAUAAUUAUGAAUGAGUACAUUUAAAUUAUAAUUGCAGAAAAAUGCUAUUUUAGUUACCCAGCAAUUAUGUCUGUAACAUACUUAAAUCGUACAAUCACAUACAUUCAUACAAUUUAAUCGUGUUACAUAAAAAUGUAUACACUUUUAUCUGAUUCAAAUUGUGUUUUAAUUGGAUACAAUUGUGAUUUUAGCUAUACUUGGAUUUCAUUCAAUGAUGAAUCAAGAUCAGUACCACGCUUCACUAUUAAAUAAAGGUCAACCAGUAGGCUUAGGAUGGGAUGGUGUAACUAAAGCUACACAGCCUAAGGUUUACCCUCCAGAGCCACCUAACCAAACAGAUCCUGAAGACAGUAUCAAAAGAGUACGCGAUGAUGAUCCCAAGCUUCUUGAUCUCAAUUGGAACAAUAUUAAAGUAUGCAUAUUAAUAUUUUUAAAAAUGCUACAGUAAUCAUGAGCAUUGUUUUCCAUGAUCUACAAAUGAAUCAUUUUUGUUGUAGAAUAUAUCUGAUGAAAAGUUUGAAAAUCUUUUCAUUGCCUUAGUCGAGAAUACUCAUUUAGAAACAUUAAGUUUGGUAAACGUUGGACUCACAGAUCGGUUGGCAGGCAAACUGGCUGAAGCAUUAGAAAAAAAUUGCACGUUGCGUGUUUGCAAGUAAGAUCAUCAAAUAUUAUAUUAUUAUAUACAUGAUUAAUUUUUAUUUGUGGUAAUUUAGUAGAAUAAAUACAAAUAUAUAAUAAUAAUAAAAAAUAAAAUAAUAAAUUGACUAUACUUAUGUAUGAUGAUUAUAGCGUGGAAACCAACUUCAUAACUCCCAUAGGAAUUGUUCAUUUGAUCAAAAGUUUAUUAAAGCAAAGAUCCCUAGAAGAAUUUCGUGCCACUAAUCAGGUAAAUUAAAAAAAUUGAAUCGUCCAAAAUAAUGUACCAAGAGUUUCAAUCCUAUCUUAAAUUUGUAGAGGUCCCAAGUAUUGGGAAACAAGAUUGAAAUGGAAAUUACUAAAUUGAUUGAACAAAAUCCAACUAUUCUUAGACUUGGUUUGCAUUUGGAGUACAAUGACGCUCGUCAUCGUAUUGCAUCUCAUUUACAGCACAAUAUUGACAGGAGUAAGUUCAUUUUAUAUUUUUGUAGAUUAAAAUAUAAUUUUUGUAAUAAUACAAUGUUAUUAUUGUUUAAAUUAAUUUAAUAACAUAUUUUUAAGAUAUUUUUAUUGAUAUUUAGGAUUGUUCAAAUCUCAAAGGUCUAGUAAUAAUAAGGAAUUAAUAAAUAAUAUUCUAUGUUUAUUGUUUAGUUAUAUUUUUCUCUGAUUAUUAUUCACAGUUGAAAGUUUAAUUAUUUAAAUUAAAUUUUAAUAUUAAAAAUAUAAUAACCAUUAAAGAGCAAAUUUUUAAAGCUUUUAAUUUAAUAUUAAAAUGGAAAUAUUAUUAUUUAUUUCUUUGUGGUUUUUUUUUAAUAAUACAAUUAUAAACUACCUACUAUUUUAUUUUUUUCUAGUUAUUUUUGAUAUUUGAUAAAUUGUUAAUUAAUGUGAUGCACAUAUUUUAAAUGUAUUGUUUUUUGUUUCAAUAAUGAAUACUUGUUUAAAAUAUCAAUAAACCAUUUUAAGGUAAACAAUUCGACUUACUGGACCUUUGAAAUAACAGAAGUAUAAUUAUUUUAGAUUAUAACUUAGAAUUUAAUUGUUACGUGCCACAUUCGUCCAUUUCUAGCUAGGUAUUAAGUUGCAGUAGAGCCUAAUGUGUUGUUGACAUCUUGUAUCCAGGUAUGAUGUCCAAUGGUGUUUUAUCAAGUUCCUUGUUCCUUUGUUAAUUUAUGUGUUUGUUGUUUAUUAUAUUUGAAAUCCUAAGAAGUUAAUGAUUAAUGUAGCGGCAUGGUUUCUACACAAAUUGUCAAAAUGUCCAUAUUUUUUUAAAAAUAUUCAUUAAUGAUCAUCAUGAUCAUUCAAAAUAUUUAUUUCUUUGUUUUAUUUGUGAUUUUGUUUGCAACUGUUUAUCAAAUAUUGCCAAUCAUCAGACAACCGUCUUGGCGUUCAAGCUAAAUUCAAAUUGGCUGAAACUAGACGUGAUAAUGAAUCGGGUUUUGAAAUUGUAUCAGCUGAAUAAUAGCAUUUGUAUGUUUCCAUUAUUGUUCAGUUUAUGUUUUAAUAAUGUAUAUAUAUUUUUGUUUUGAAAGUUAGUUUACUACUUCUAUUUUAACCAUACAUUCCGGUUAUAUAUUCCGUGCAUCCAUUUAAUAAUAUUUAAUAUAUUCUGUAUUUCUGUUUCAUAUCCUUUAAAUACUGAGUGAUAUAAUUCCUUAAAAUACAAGUUUGAUUGUGAAAAUGUAUGUUACCCCUUAGAGAAUUUAAACCCACAUAAUUUUUUUUCUAAUAAAUUAAAUUUCAACUUGAAGAAUGAUGUUUGCUCAUUUACAUAAAUACACAUCUCAAAAUUGAACUCAAAUUUAACCAUACACAUUCUAUAAUAUUUUUACAAGUGUUUUUUUUCUUUUUUUUUUUAUCAAUAACAAUUAGUUUAAUAAUUUGUAUUUUUGUUUAUUUUUCGACUUCAGUAAGAAAAGAUACGCCGUUGAAAAUGAAAUUUAGGUUCUUUAGAAAAAUACCCCAGAGAGCCCUCAAGAACUUGCUCAAAUAAAUAAUCGGCGGAUUACAUUAUUGAGGUCUUGACAUUUUGUUGUUGUUGUUACUGUUGUUUAAUAUUAGGAAUAGCAUGAAAUUAUCAGCUCUUAAUUAGAUUUAUAACUUAAUAAUAUAAUGUAAUAUUUUUGCAAAUCGCAUUUAAUAUUUAAUGAAAUCGUGUUUCUUAAGUUUGACUUAAUAUAUUAACCAAAAAUUAAUAUUUUACUGAUCAAAUUUUUAAAAUUGUAUUAAUUUUAAUUUUACAGAAUUAUCCUUAAUGCUCAAUAAUUAGACUAAAUCUUAACGUGUGCCAAUUAAAUUAAUUUUAAUUAAUGCAAAGAUUUUUUUAUUGAAUACAUUCACUAAAUAUUCACACAACUUUUUUUUUUUGUAAAGUAAAUUAAAGUAAAAAUUACAACAAUUCUGAAUUUGUAUAAUUGUCUUUUUUAAAUGCUGUAUUUAUUUAUUCUAAUUUAUAAUACAUAAUCAUAAUAAUUUUUGAGAUUAAAAAAUUAUUUAAAUUAUAUAAAUUAGUUAAUUUACCAAUUUAAUGCAAAUUAAUUUAAUUUUGCUUAAAUUAUCUAAAAUGUCUUGAUUUUAAAUAGUUUACAUUUAGUUAAUGUGAUUAUUAAAAAUUACAAGUUUGAUGUACUUAACUAAACUAACACUUUUGUCAUUAUAGGGUGUCUUUUAAUGAUUUACCAAUUGCUUAACCCCAAUGUUAGCAUAUAUGUUUACAUUUUGUUUUUGUUUUUUUUUUUUUUUUAUAAAUAAUUAAUUUUUCCCAUCCAAAUUUUUUUUCUUUAGCUCUAAAAAUAUGAAUGUGUAAGUUGGCCAACAGAUUAAAAUAGUCUAGACUACACUGUUCUUAAUUGUUUAUAUAUUUAGAUUUACGGUGAUCAAUUAAACAUCCAGUACCUAAAAUAAAUAACAUGUUGUAUGCGAUUGAAAUAUUUCCCCCUCUUUUUGCAAUUAGUAAAUUCUUUUGAAUUACUCUGUUAUGUAGUGUGAUAUUUAAUACUGUUGAAAUAAAAUCUGCAAUGUAUUUUUCAAAUGAAUAAUAUUAAUUUUCAACUGUUACUUAUAUUUUGUGAUAAUUUAUUACAAUGAGAAUGUUUGAUACUAAUAAUGUUUAAUGAUAAGAUUAUAAAUAACACGCAUGAUGUUUAUAACAGUGUUUUGUUUUUUAAAUAAUAUUCACUUGAAUUUUAGCAUGAAGACUGAACGAAAUCAUUGUGUUGAAACUUAACAUUGUGUUUUCAUUCAGACUGUGUAUUACCAAGAGCCAUUGAACAUUUUGGUGAUUGGUAAUAGUGCAAAAUGUUUGUGUAAACCAUAAUCUGAAUUUGGUUUUUUGGUGUUUUUUCUCUUUUGCAGUACGCCAGAGUCGUGUGGGCGCAAACUCCGCAUAAAUUACAUAUUUUGGCUACGUACACUAUUUAGGUAUAUUAUACCUUAAAUUAAUAAUAUUGAAAACGAACGAGAACACUUCGUAUAUUAUCUAUGCUAAUGCUUUUAUAUAUUGUAUAUGUAUAUAAAAUGCUUUAAUUUUGCUUUAAUUGCGCAUGUAACAAAUGUCUAUACUUUACACUGGUGUUUAUUUAAAAUAUUGGUAAAAUUCCAAAGUAUUGAUUGAUUAUUUAUAUCAAUAAUUAUCAUAGUAUUUAUUAUUUUUAUUUCUGUAGUUUUUAAUAGCUUGUAAAAUGUAUUAAUAACUUGAAAGUGGGUUUAUAUUUUUGUUUUAACCUAGCAUGUCGUUUUAUUGUCAUGAAACACGAUUUCAUUUAUAAUUUUCCUCUAAAUUAUUAUGUAAGUGUAUAUAUUUUUUACCGAUUGUGCUAAAAAACCAUUAAAUAUUAAGAACAUCCACAUAUUGCAAAUUUCUUCUCUCACGGUACCCGUUCAAUUUUAAAUAAUAAUACAUCUUGUGUAUGUGAUGUUUGGUUAAUUAUUAUUAUUUAACACUUUUAUGGACAAAUAUUUAAUUAUAAUAAUAAUAAUAAUAUUUCGAUUAAUUUUUUUUUUUUAAAAACACUGUUACAUUCAUAUUUUUUAAAAGUAUUGUAUGAUAUCAGCUAAGGGCAUUAAUGCAUUUUUCUAGGAUAAAACUUAAAGGUUGCGGAACUAGUAUUAUUUAUUGAAGGGACUAACUGUUAUUUAAUAUUUUAAUUUACUCACCUUGCUCCCAAUUUUAGCCUACCCAAAUAAUCAUAGUUUUAUUGUACGUCAUUUAUUGGUAAGUCCUUUAAUGCUUUGAUUUUUUAAUUUUAAUGGUCGAUAUAAUAUAAUAAUAAUAUUAUAAUGCUUUUUAAAAUCAUGUAUUCUGUAGAGUUGCUGCUGCUCAAUGUUGCUGCUAUUAAAAUAAAAAAAUAAAAAUGUAUACUUAUGGUGAUGGUCAAAUUAUUAUCAAUAAAUUUAUGAUAUGUUUCUUAUUUUUAAUUGUAUCCAUUUUUAUUUUUUACAGGCCGCUUACGCAGAACUGGUCACUUUGCGCGUACGUACACUGGCGGUUGGGUUGUACACAAAAAGGCUAAAUAAUGUUCGAGAUUGUGCCUAGACCUUGGUCCUAGACUCUUUUAUUUCAUAAGUAUUCAAUUUUAUUUAGGUACUAUAUUAUUAUUUAUAUAAUGUAUUGUUUUUUUUCUCUCCUCAAUAAUCGUUCAAAGCGAUUUGUAUAUAUAAUAUUUAUGUUAUGGUCUAUCGCUGACAUUUUCAUAUGCAUUUAGUUAUUAGUGAGUGUGUGUGACAAUUUUAUUGUAUUAAUUAUGAGUUUAAACAUGAAAUUACGAUAGUAAUAUUAUACUUAAUAAUUUAAGUGAAGUUAAACAAAUUUAUUAUAUAAAAAGAAAUUUUAUCUUGUUAAAUUGCACAUUUUUUUUUUUUUUUUGUGCUAAUUGUUUCAUUGUUUUUAAAAAAAUGAUAUAUAUUUUUUACUAUUGAGUUGUUUAUACAAAAUUUCGUAGUAUUUAGCGAGACUAAUUAUUAAAACAAAUAGCGUAACCAUUUUUUUUUUUUCGAUUUUGUAUUGCUAAACAUUUAUAGUUAAUUUAAUUAUAAUAAUAAUUAUUAUAUUAUAUAUAUAUUUUUACACCGAUAUACUAUUUCACUUUUUAAUUAUACAUAAUUUAAAAUGCCUUUUAAAUUAUAAACAAUUUACACCAAAUUUUGCCAUACUAUUUUUACAACAAUAAUUAAUUAAUAACAAUGGUUUUAUUGUACAUAGCAAUAGCAAUAUUAUAAUACAGCGAUCAUUUAUUAUAUUCACAUAUUAUGACAUAAAUAUACAAUAACGUAUAACGCG